UCAUAUUAUAUUUAUAUAUCACAAUAUUUGAAUUAGAGUUUUAAGAUUUAAAGUUUAAACUUUUUUUUAAUAGAAUAACUAUGUUUUUACUAAUUAUUCGCUACGUGUAUUGUUUAAUCUCUAUGUGAUAUUACAAUUUCGUCUAUUUUAAAAGAAAUUUGUUUAAUAUAAAUAUUGCUUUUAUAACAUUAGUGUCAAGGUUUUAUUCAUAUUUAAGUGUUCUUUUUAAUACGAUUGCUAAACUAAAGAUUAUCGUAGUAAGUAUGAUUUGUACAUUUAUACUUAUUUAACAGUAGGAAAAUGGGUUCUUGAUUUAAUCAAUUAAAUAUUACCUUAUGAGAAUUUAUCAAUAUUAUUAAAAUGCAAUUUUAUAAUAUGGUACCUAUAUUAUGUAACUACCUACUAAUUUAAUUAUUGACCAUCGGUUUAAUGUUUUUAGAUUGUUCAACAACAUUUCAAUUAUUGAUGUGUCAUCAUCAACACUCUGGUAAGUUAUUUUUAUUUAUUUUAGUAAUUAAAUUAAUUAGGUAUAUUUUAUUAACUAUUAUUUUUUUUUAAAUUAGGUAACUAUAUUAUAAUUUUUCAAUAAAAACGUUUACCUAUGUCUAAUGUAUUUAUACAUAAGAAUAUUAUUAAACUAAAUAGAAAUACCUAUAAAAUGUUUAAGAAUAGUAUUGUCAGCAUAAUUUCAAUUUACAGUAUACUUAUAGUAUAUUUGUUAACUUAACUUUUGAUGAUUUGACAGAGUAGGCAGAUAAGCUUAAAUAUUAUACUUUUAUAAUUAACCAGCUGUCCCGCGCCUGGCGUUGCCCGUGCCAAUUUUUAUUAUUUUUUUUUAUCUAUAUUCAAUUUUGGUUUGACCAUGUUAGAAUUGAAUGAAAACAAAUAGGUGGAAAGUUGAUAGUCCUUCUUCGGUGGACUAAAAAUGUUCUAUGCUUUGCUAUUGUUAUCUAACAAUAGUUAAUAAUCUAAUUAGUGUAGAGUAGUAAUAAUAAUAAAACCUAGUUUUCUUGUCCGUAACAACUAAAUUGUCAUUCAUGUCACCCAGGUAACCCAAAAAAUAAAAAUAAAUAAAUGAACAAUUAGAUAUUCAUACCAAUAAUACUUAGAUACCUAUAUUUUAUUGCCUUAGGGGUUGAAUUUUCAAAAAUCCUUUCUUAGCAGAUUCUUAUAUCAUAAUAGUUAUCUGUAUACCAAAUUUCAAUCCGUUCCAUCGAAUAGUUUAGGCUAGACGAUGAUAAAUUAGUCAGUCAGUUAGGACAUGUUCUUUUAUGCAUAGAGAUUAUAAUAGCCUCUAUAUCUGUAUUAUAGAUAUUGAUUUCAAGAUCUAAAUAAUGUCUCGCUAUAAUAAUAUCUAUUUUUUUAAUUGUCCACACUAUAAUGUCUCAUUCCUAUAAUGUUGAUUUUUUUUUAAUAUUCAUGGAUUAAAAACUCCCAAUUAGUGACAUACUUAAGAAGAGUUAUAUGGGUGGUACGUUACCACCAAGCUCACUUAUCGUUUUUUGAUUGGAAGACAAUUUUAAAUAGAAAAAUAUUAACAUACAGAAAAAAAUAACACAUACAGUUAAAUCAAUACAUUCCUUGUUAAACUCAGAAUCCAAAACAAUUAAAAAUUAUUUAAAUUUAUACUACACUUAUUAAGUAGUUUUAUUAAAAUUUUUUUUUGUCCCCAGGAAAUUCCUAUAAAAUUAAUACAAUAUUUGUCGAUAUAAGUCAAAGUCAUUUAUACUUAAAUUUCAUUAUUAGAACCCGUUUACAAUCAUAAAUGAAUAUAUUAAACUACUGUUGUACUGAGAAUAAUCAACAGUUGCUUUCUACCUACGUUAUGUAGUAUGUAAAACUAUACUGUGCGUUAUUAGUUAUGUUUAUUAAACGCAAAUUGGUUACAUUAACAAUUACUAAAAAUGUAUUUGUAGUAAUUGUAUUUGUAUUUCAAAAUUAAUAAUAUAACAAAAUUAGCUUGGAAUACACUAUUUAUAUAUACCCAAUAAUAAAAAAAAUAUCUUAUUAAAGGAAUAAGAAUCUGGGACCCGAUCCUUCUUUAGAGUAAGAAUGGGAAAUUUUCCUUUUAAUAUGAACUUUCAAACACUGAAUAAGAUAUAGUUUGAUAAAGCAAAAUAUCCUUAAUAUUCUCAAUUUUUCAUGAACAUUUGUAAUUUUUGAUCAUUUUUGACAAUUUAUAAUUGGAAAUUUGUGUUAGGAUCGACCUUUUACUAUAGACAUCUCAGAACCUUGUAUACUUAUUACAAUUUGAGUACUUAGAUGGAAGAAGGUUAGGUUAAUGUAGAUAUUGUUUUUACUGUAGUGUGUAUGUUUUUUUUUGUAAGAAUAAAACUUAUCCAAAUACAACAAAUCUUCAAAUCUGUACAUAUUUAAUUUAUCACAUGAUUUUUUAUAUAUCACACAUAUUGUAUAUUUAUUAUUGUACAUCUUAAUAUUUUCUUUUUUAAUAUUGUUAAAAAUUGAUUUUUAAGAGGUUUUGUAAAAUUAUAACCUAAUUUUGAAUUUGAUUUAAAUAAGAUUUAUUGUCAAUAUUAUCAUUUCUUGUAUAUUGUAUAGGUAAUUGAGAAAUUGUAACAUAAUUUAAGAAAAACUCCUAUACAUAAGUAAGUUAUUGAAUAUAAAAUGUAUUGAACCAUUAAAAUGUUUUAUAAAUACAUUAUUAAUUUUGAAUUUUACAGUUUAGGGAAACUCAAAACAUCAAUUAUUAAAAAUAAAUUAAUAUUUUGACUAUUAGUCUAAAAAAUGUAAUUGAAAUUGUGAAUCAACUUUUUAAAAACUUAUUAUUUUAAUGAUAAAUUUAAUCUAUCUAUGCCCUAAAGUAUAAUUCAAGUUUUUAAACAUAAAUUAUUUGUAUACCUAAUAAAAUUUAAAAAAAAACAUUUACACUAUAUUGGUAUAAUAUAUGUAUUAUUAUAAACUUAAUAAAAAUCUGUUCUAUUUUCUAAAUUAUGUAUUAUAAUUAGAUGAUUGUUUUAUAGUAUAAAAAAGCUAUAAUAGUAUGUUUUUCUAAAUUAUAAAAUGUACAGACCACUUUCUUCCAAUAAGUAUAAAUUUAGUUUCUGGUACUUUCAGUUUAACCGUAUAAAUAAAUAAGUACCUAUAUAGUUAUAUAUUUUUUUGUUAUUUAAAUUAUACAUUUUAUUUCUGUGAUAUAGUUAUUUUGUAUGCAUCAAUUAUAACAGUAGUGAGUUUGUACACAUAAUUGUGUAAGCAACACAUGGUUAUAAUCAUUAUAUGUGUAUUCUACUUAUGUCUAACCAUUAACCACAUUGCCUGUAACAUGGAUAUAAAAGAAUAAACAGUACCUAUAACAAUAUAGAUUAUUUAUAUAUUGUAUACAUAGGGUAUGUAUAUUGAAUAUAAAAUUGAUAAAAUUGCAAAAGCUUAGAAAAUAAUUUUUAAAAAAGGUAAAAUAAAGUUUGAUUAAAUUACCUAUUCUAAUUUUAAAUUUCAAUGAUUUUGUUUUAAGUAUAUACUGUGUACUAAGUUUAAGUACUAUAGCUAAAAGCUAUAGUAUUGUUUCUUUUAUGAAAAUGUUAAAUUAUGUCAAUUGGUGAAUCAUGUUAAAAAUAUUGUUUUAAAUAUUAUUUUAAGUUUGGUAGGGAUUAAAUAAUAUACUUAUUGUAUAGGUUGAAUAGCAUUGCGAUUUCAUAAGUAGGUAAUCUAAUAAUAAUGAGAACUAUUAUUUAAACACGUUAUUUAUGAACAGUAACUUGCUCUGUUUAAAAACAAUAUUUCAAUCAAUAAUGUCCCUGUUAACAUUUUGGAUGCAGUUUUUUGAAAUUACUUGUAUUUUAGUUAAAAACCAUGUAAACUUAUGCAAAACUGGUUUUUGACAAAAUAUAUUUUUUUCAAUAUAGCAAAUAGUGCGUUGAAAAUUUUGACCAGUUAUAUAUUAACCACCCAAAAAAGGUCUUGGCUUUUAUUCUAAAAAUUUGUUUUAAUAUUUAGUAGGUAUAAAUAUUAUGGGAAUAUUUUUUCAAUAUAAUAAAUUACACUCAAUAAUAAAAUUAAUAAAUAAUAUAUUAGUUUAUCUAGAGCUGCAAUUAGGAAUUUUCUGCCCAGAGCUAAAAAAAAUUAUUUCCUUGGGGAUCCAGUCCACUAUUGUUUUCCUUAAAAACGACUCUGAUUUUACUAAAAAAAUAUCAAUAAUUUUAUAAGUUUAUAAAAUAAUAAUCAUAGGAAUCUGGCAUUUUAAACAAAUACUUUUUUCGUCUUAUAAAAAUGUUAUUGUUUUCGAAAUAUUGAAACUGUUCUUGUUGACAAAAAAAAAAAGAAAUUGAGCUUAAUUUAAGAAUUUUUUUUAUGAGCUUUUGAAAUUCAACUAAUUAUAAACUAUUAAAAACCAAAAUGAAAUUUGGAGGGAUCUCGCCUCUCCUUGUACAUGCGCCUGUCAGAAAAUAUUCUGUUAUAGAAUUUUAAAUAUGUACAAAAAUUGGUAACUUUUAAAAAGCAAAGAACAUUAUAUUAUUAAUAAAGAAUUUAUUGAUUAAAUUAGUGCAAUAAAUAAUAAUUAUUGAUAGGUAUUGUAAAAUUAAAGUAAAACACAUCAGUCUAUUAUAAUAGGUCGUAUUAAUCUCUAUAAUAAUUGCCAAAGUGGAUUAUUCCGUUGUGUACUUUCUAUCCUGAAUAAUAAUUGUAGCAAAUGAAACGAUUUCAAGAGGUCAAACAGUCAAUAGUGGGCGUUAGAAUAACGCGAACUGUACGAAUACUGCCGUCGUACAGUUUCAGGUCACCAUGAUGGAACAGUUAGUAAAUAAGAUCUACUAAUGUGUGUCUGCCUUCUCCAUUGUUAGAUACCAACCUAGAAACAUUGAUAAUGUAAUUCGAUGCAAUAUUUCUAGUUCAAUUAUUUUAUUUCUAUACAAGUAUACAUAUUUAUAAAAACGGUAUUUUUAGAUUCCGAACAGAGCAAGGAACUUAUUAGUGUUCCCCGGAAAAACUAGUAAAUCAAGUAAACAUAGGUUAAAACUUACAUCGGUUUACUUUAUUUAUUAUUAAACAAUAAACAUGCAUGAUAAUUGGUAUGAACUUUAAAGGGGUCACUGAAUUUUUUUUCCCAUAGAUUCCUGAAUUAAACGGAACGUUAGGUAACAUGCGACUAUUCACUUCUAAUUUUUAUUUUAACUCCACCCAGAAUGCAAAAUAUACCAUAUUUGAUGUUUGAAAUAAAAUAAAAAAUAAUUAAUGAAUAUCGAACCUAAGUAUGAAAUAAGACAUUAUGCCUUUACAUAUUGUGUAAAUAUUUUUGUACAUAUUACAUUAUGCUUAAUAAGUGUCAAAUUAAAUCUCGUUGCGACACGGUAGGAUAUUAAAUUAUUUGCUAUCGCAGAUUUAUUCUGGGGCAAGCAGAUAUCUACAGGUUACUGUGAUUAACCUGAUUUUUCUACCAUAACAUUUAACCUAAACAUUUGACCUUUUUUUGUAUCCGUUGGCUAUAUUAUAAAUAAUAUCAUAAUAUACGUAGGAUUUUAACGUUGGUGGGGCCUUUCGUGUGUAAUUUAUUAUAGAUAGGUACCCUAAUUUUGUUUUUGUGAAUAUUAUGUCAAUGAUUAUUAAGCAUAUUGUAUAUUAUAAACAAACUAAUAUAGUUUAUUCAAUCAAUAUAAUAGAUACUUGAACAUUAUUUUAUGAUACAUAAUAUAUUGAGUUUUUAAUUGACAUAUUUUUGUCGUGUUCUCAGUUUUUUACACUAGGGGCUGAUAGUAUUAUUAUUCUUUAUAUUCGUCCCAUUUCGCUACUAUUCGAAUUGAAAUAUUAUUGUAAAAUAAUUCUAUAACUUAACAAUUGGACUUUAUAGGGAAAAAAAUUACAAAUACUCUUCAUACUCCGACAACACCAUAAAGUAAAUUCGUAUUUGUAAUUUAUAGUGCUUUAAAGUAAAUUUAGGACAAUCGAUAUGAAUGUCUUUUUUUGUUUACAGUAUUAUUAAUACAUUAUUUUAUAAAAAAAAUAAAUACUUGUUGAUCGUCUAGUGUAUUUUUUAUGUAUGUUACUAAUUUAUCUCUGCCACCCCGCAACCGUUUAGUUUUAACAUUUUUAUUUCAAUUGAAUUACAAUUUAUUAGUUUUUAUAUAGAUUCUUUAUAACUUGUAAGCAGUCACUAUACUCGCUAUCGUCCGUAACGUGUGGAACGUAAUGAGGUUAACAGGACGCAUUAUCUCGGGAGUCUAGUUAAAUUAGAUUAGCUAAAUCUAAAUUAAAGAAAUACCAUUUUUAUAUUUUUUGCACUACUCCAUGUCUACUGAUAGCAAGCAUAAUUAUCCCUGUAUAUACGAUUAUGGAUACUUUUAUUUUUAUUCACUAUACCUAUUUAAAAAAUUAUUAUUUUUAAUCUAAAGUGCAUCAGCUGGUGGACUUAAUAUUGUAUGAUUAGGGUUACGAAUAUGCAUUAUUGUUGUUAUGAAAAAAAAAAAUUAAUAAAAAAAAAUUGUGUUGGUCUAGAAAAUUAUUUAUAUACCUACUUUUAUUUUAAAUUGAAUUAGUAGUUAUAAGAGAUUUAUACGUCAUUAUUAUAUACCUACUAUCUACUAUAUAACUGUGUUAUCAUACAUGUUAAAUGAAAUAAAUUGCAAAAAAUAUUUUUUUUCGCCAUUAUUAUUUAGUAAAAAGAAAAUAAGUUAUUUUUAUUUAAAAAUCAUAAUGAAUAAUAUUUUUAUUUUAAUAUCGAUUUUCAAAAUUCUUUAUGUACAAUAAAAAAAUAAUAAUUUUUCGUGUUGUACAACCAUAUAUGACGUUAUUAUGAUACGGUGUCUAAUUUGAAUUAUUAUUUUGCAUUUUAAACGGAAUUACAAAAAAUUUGACAAGAAUAUAAUUUGUUAUUUAAUAGAGCGGUCGAUACAUAUUAUAUAAUAUAAUGUUGGAAUUUAUAUUUACUUCGGUACAGGAUAAUAUGUUUUAAUUUAAAAUUUUAAAAACUAUUCGUGAUUAGUAAAGAGUUUUUAAUUGCUAACAAUACGUCGAAACUUGUCAAACGUAGAAUAAAAUGCUAUUAACUGUGUAUUUAUAAAAUGGUUAAUCUUUCAAAAAUAACCGUUAACAUAUUUAUAUAUUAUAUAUAUAUAUAAAAAAAAUGUCAUACAGAUAAUAUUUAAGCUAUACAUUUUUAAAAAGAAAGUACAUCGGUAUUCUUAUUUUGAAUAUUAUAAAACAAAAGUAUUAUAAAAAAUCAUUUGCUUUUUAUUUUCCCGUUUUAAAUCUAAAAUAAAAACUGGAAAAUUAACAAAUUAUGCCGUUACUCGUUUUUAAUUGUUUAUGCAAAUACAUACUUAAUGAAUUAAUGCAAAAUUUGUGAAUCGCAGUGGUAACCUAUUUCUGGUCAUAUUAGUAAUUAACUUAUAUUUACUUAUAUAUACCUAGUACAAAAUUUUUAUUUUUUUUUAUCAAAUUAUUGAGUAUUUAAAAUCUUAGUUUCGUGUACGUAUAGAUAUUUUUAAAAUUAUGUAAACCUCUUCUAUUAAUGCAAAUUAUGGAAACAGAAAUAUAUUCUUUUUCAAUUUAGGUAUCCUAUGCUCCGUGAUAAUAAUAAUAAGUAUACGGUCUCCUAAUUUUCUGUCUACCUCGUUUCAAAAUCAAUGAUAAAUGACUAAUUUCUCUGUCAUGCAUUGGUAAACAUAUAACUUUUAUACUGUUUGUUCGUGGUUUGGACCGUAUCUAUCUGUUACCUAUAUUAGCAUAAGAAUGAGCUGGGACCUCUAACACAGUAUACAUACGUUUGAUAAAAAUAAUGUCACGGAUUUAUGGGUGUGUGGUACAUUGUUACAAGGAGGACGUGCGUAAUGAAACUUUAGAAGAUCAAAUAACGGCUAUUAUAAUAUGUUAAGGCAGCGUUCACUCAACACGUGACAAUUAUUCCCCCCCCCCUUUUUUUUUUUUUUUUAAAUUUCUAUGUAUUUUUUCGUUCAUAUGUUACUUAUUUAUCUAUUAUUAAUUUAAUCAAUACUUUUUAUUACCUGGUAUACAAUAUUAAUACAUGGCCUAUAAUACAAUUAUCUAAAAUAUAUAUCAAUUAACACUGGAGUGGUUUUAAAACCAGUAGAGGUAGUCGAAAAAUAAUAAUUAUAUACAUACACUUAAAUUAUGUUUUUUAAAAACUAUAACUAUAUUAACUGUGUUAAUUUAAAUUUCAUUGAAUAAUUUUUGAUUAUUGAAUAUAAUAUAGCGCCUUGUAAGUUGAGUGUAAAUGGCCAGUUUUCAAUCUAUAACAUAUUUAUUUUUAACGUUUUAAGUUAUUAAGUAAUUAUAAAAAAAAAAUAUAGUUGUUCCGUAUAAUAUUAUGUAUAACAAGAAACUCGUUUUUGUUUUUUUGUUGCUAAUUAAAGCUUUUGUAAAUAUUAAAUAAAACUAACUAAAAACAAUGUCUACGAUGUUAAAAUAAAAUAUACGCUAUCAUAUAUACAUUUUUUUCGUACAAUACAUGUAAAAUAUAUUAUAACUUUUUUAAUUUGUUAAAUUUGUAUAGAAGUAAAAUAACAUAAUAUUAUACAUUUCGUUACCUUAUGUAUUACUAUUAUAUAUAUGUAUGAGUAUAGAUUUCUCUAAAUUAUAAAGUCUGCGCGCGUUAUGUAACUUAUAAGAAGAGAGAUGGCAAUAAAUCGAAUAUUGUAGGGGCUUGACCGAAAUGACGGUAAAGAGACAGGCGCGUGAAAUUUGGAACGAAUCGAACCCCAGCCGGUGUUUUGCACAACGCUCGACCUCCCUACUUACCAACACACGCGUUGACCGCAUUUCUCUUAGAAAGUAUUUUACAUGUCGCGUUUAUUUGCCCUCUUAUCAAACAGUUAACCUCUCUUCGAAUCAAAUGUUUGUACGCGUAUGUUUGUAUAAUAUUGUUAUUAUAAGAUGUAUUUCAAUGUUUGUGUGCCUAAAAUAUAUUUGGUAUAUGUAGGAAAUACAAAAUACAAGAGUUAAUGUAGCCUGUAGGUAUGAUCUAAAUUUUGUUUGUGCGUGUUAAGGAUACCUAUUGGUGUGCUUCGUCAAGACUUUAUCGUUAGUUUAUUGUUCGUUUUAAAUAUUAUCGUGGUUACUAUAGGGUAAAAUUAUCACACUAACCUAUUUAAUUCAUAUAUAAUGUACAUUUUUUCUGUAGAACAUCGUAACUUAUAGCGGUUAUGCGGUUGACAGUAAAUCAGUGUUGGUACAGUUUUAGAUUCUGAGCGCAGCUGGAAUAUGUAUAUUGGUUUACAAUGAUGUUUAUUUUUUUUUCUAUGAACAACUUUUCUACUAGUAAUUUUGAUCCGAUUUUCAAGUGUAACACUUUUCUGAAAUGAACUUUAACUGGGGUUCUUUAGAUUAUUUUUGAUUUCCCCAUGAGUUUUCAUAAUAAAUGAGAAAAAAACGUAGGAAAAACAGAAAAUUGUACGAAAUGUAUUAUUUUAAAAGCGUAAAUAUUUCUGCUUUUUAAAACAUGUAUAAUUGAAUUUUCCAAAGAAUCAUUUUUCGUUAGCAAUAAUGCGUACAGGUAUACAUUAAGUUUCCCCUCUAUCUUUCCAACUUCUCACCUACAACAGUGGCCCACCCACCGUACAAAGUAUGUCCGUUUGUUUUUUUAAUUAUUUGUGAUAACGUGAAUUUAUAUACAUCUAAUUUACUUGUAUUAGAAAAAAUAAAAAUACUCAAUUUAUUUAUUUAACUAGUAUUAGUAUUAUUUGGUUUAUUAAUUUUGUUUAAUAAUCAUUCAGCAUUUUAUUUUGACACAAGUAUACGUAUACAAUAUUCUAACUAUUUUUAUUAUUAUUUUUUUUUUUUGGCCAACUUCUGUGAGGUUUAUUUAUGCAGUUCAUAUUUUUAUUUCUUUUAAAGAUAUCGAUCUAACUCGAAGUUGAGUAAUAGUAUGUAUAAUGCUUGAAAGACAAAAGAUUUGAAUACUCGUAAAUUGCACUGGUUGGUCCGAUAGAAAAUGUAGAAUAAUGGAGCUCCGUUUAGAGUAUUUGUGUCGGGUCGGCCAGGUGCUCUACCAUAAGUCAAUGAUGACCUCGUUCUCGAAACCGGUGUUAACUAGGUCCGUCUUUCUGUCCUAACACCCACAGCCCUUUUACUUUAUCUGCGUCUAUUGUGCCCCAUAAACAUCCAAUUGGUUUUCGCAAAUAAAAAAAAAAAAAAAACAUCUAACAAAUACAUUAUAUACGCAUAUAUAGGUUAUUAGGUAAACGGUAAAUCUACUGAGGUAUUUUUACUUGUUUCAGUUUUAUAAUUUAAUUUUUUGUUUUAAAUAUCUACCUGGUUUUAAUUCUAAAAUAAUUUAUGAAACAAUUUUAUUAAAAAUAUGAAUUUAAAUUUUACCUUAUUAAAGGGCCGUGAAAAAUGUUUUUCUUCAUAGCUUUUAUCUCUAUUAUCUUUGUUCCCUAAUAAUUUGUAAUCAUAUUUUUUAUUGUAAAGUAAAUAUAUAUACGUAUAAUAAUAUGUACAUCAUUUUCAACUAUUAGGUAUAUUAAAUUAAUAAAUUUUCUUCAGUAAUUUCGCCCUUGCAUUUUUUCCUAAUCAUAAUUUCUAUAUGAUGAUUAGUUUUUCUAAGACUUUCGAAAAAUAAUUGGAGAAAACGCAUGAAUGAUUUUAUUUUGUUUUUAUUUUUUGUGUUCACCUGUCUUUAAAUAAAACCGUUAUUUUGGCAGACGCGUGAACACACAACUGCAGCUUAGUAAUAAAUUUGCACAUGUAUGUUUUAUUUUAAAUUUUUGUGUAGUUGCGUCCUUAAGACAACAAAGAGCAGACAGUGGUUGUGUAUGACUGGACCCUAAUAAUGUGCCGAGGUCGAAUGGGUCAGAGCAGCUGCUAUACAAGAAGGCCUUAGACGUUCUAAAUCAUCCGUAGUGUGUGUGGCGGCCUUUGAUGAGAAGGAUAUUAUAUUAUAUAGGUACUUAAGAAGCCGGAUCAAAUUAUCGAAUACGUUAUUAUAACCGCCUCUAGAUACUAUAAGUACAUGUCCCCUGAAUUUGUUUAAAUUAGAUUAAUAUAAGCAUAAUAUAUUUUGGGACGGAUAAAAUCGUUUUUAUUAUUUUUAUUUUUUUGCUUUUUCGCUAUUGUGCAACAUUGAACGUCAAUAAUUCGAACAACUUUUAGAAAACAGAAAUUAAAAUAGUAAAACUAAUAUACUGAAAAAAUAAUAACCUUAUAUUUAAAAAAUAAAAAAAUAAUAUUCAGUUCAACACUGUAACAGACAUUGGAUACUCACUUCAGCUCUUGUUUUAACGCUUCACUCACCUCAGUUCAGGAUAGCGUUGUGGUGCAUUGUUAUUUUUAGUUUAAACACGAUGGAUAUCAUUUAUUACACUCGAGUUGUUAGCCAUAUGUUAGUAUAUGUUAGUUUAUGUGUAUGUAUAUGCGAUGUGCCGUGCUCAAAUUCGACAUUUAAACUCUUGUCUCCCUAUUUCGCUAUUUUUUUCUUAUAGUAUAAUUAGUAGAUAUAUGUUUGUUUAUAAACCUUAAAACUUAAAAACUUGAUUAGAAUUCCUCCUCGUCCCAUUAAAAAACCUUAAAACUGAUAGAUUAUUUUUUAUGACCCAUAAAGAAUUUAUAAGUAUAAAUUGGGGAUUUUUAAACUUUAAAUGCUUCUCAACCAAAAUUAAAAGAUCUCAGUACAUAAAUAUAUACAAUUAUAUAGAAUUAAAUCCAAAAUUAUAGAUGUAAUACAUAAUUUGGUUAGGUUAUAAUAGAGAUAUCAAAGAGAAUACUGACAGGAAUUUAUUUGACAAUGAUGUUCGUAAAAUUAAAAUUCACUGUUUAAUAUUAAGCAUUUAGUGUGAGUAAUAGAGACUAGAUUAUUUGUGUAAGUCCUAUUACUCAAUACAUGUUAUCAACAUUAGUAUUUGAAAUACAUAUAUAUUAUGUACUUUUAAAUAAUUAAUAAACAAAUACCUAUAUUAUUUUACUUUCCAUUUUUCGUGUUUCAUUUUUUCUCAAUAUUUUUAACUCGUUUGUUGUCACAUGAUUGUAUAAUAGAGAGAUAUGUUUUACUCUACGUUUUUAAGUAAAUGAAAGAUAAUAAUUUCAAUUAGUAUGCACAUUAACCAAAUACAUAUAUAUAUUUUCAAACCAAUGCGAUUUAUGAAUGUAAAAGAAAAAUUAUUAUAUAAUUGUAUUAUUUUAUUAUACAUAAUUUUAGAUUCUGAGUGUAGCAAAAAAUGUAUUGGUUUUACUAAGAUGUUUUUUUCUUUUUUUAAACUGUAUACAUUUGAUCAGAAAUCUUGUUUAGAUAUUAAUGCGCGGAACGAUUUCUGAUAGGGAAUGUUGUCCAGAUGAUACUUUUGGGAGGUUACUUUUUGACUUUCCACAUUUAUAUUUUCCAUCUUUUCUGGUUUCCAUAAUAUCUGGGGAAAGCCAGGAUAAAACGCAAGAAAAAGUUAGUUAAAUAUAAGUAGUUAAAUAUAUUCAUGGAGACUUGAAAUUUUGAUAGAAAACUUAUAUUUGUCUUUUAUAGACAUGGUAACAUUUUCAAAAAAUUUAAGCCAUUUUUGAGCUUUUUAUAGAGAUUUAAAUUUUGCGAGUUUUGUACGUAAUUUUUAUUCGGUAGGUACUCUGUGGUAAAAUUUUUAGGUUUAAUAGAAAUGUUUGAAAAUUUAACAGGAGGUUCAUUAAGAGUCCUACUUUGUGGCAAAAAAAAAAAAAAAAUGAGGUUAAUGUAGUAUUUUUUUUUUAUGAGGAAUUUUAAUAUCAAAUGUUGACGAAAAAUAUUGUGUAACAAAUCUAAUUUUUCAAUUUUUUUUUUUUGACAUUAGUUUAUUGUCGAUUUAAGAACAAUGGUGAAGUCAGAAUUGAGCGGACUGACUAAGUUUCAAAAUUAUAGCUUUUUAAAUUUCUGAUAUUAUGCAAAUAUUAUAUAUUAUAUUAAAUAACUAAAUAUUGUCUUCUCUAAAGGAUGUUUGUCACGAUUGAAUGGUUAUACACACCUUUUUUCAUCCAAGAGUUUGCUAGUUUGAAUUCGUGUUUCAAAAACAAAUUUUUUCCAUUUUUUUUCUCCUUUUACUUAAACAAGGAAAAAAAAGAAAGGUUAGACAAUUAGGACGGGUGCAUUCACUGGUGUAGGUGGGAAGGUAGGAUGUAGAUAGGAAUUUAAUGUAUAUCUGUAAGCAAUGAUAAACCAUUGCUUACGAAAAAACGAUUCUGAGCAGAGUUCAGUGAUGUUUUGUCAACAAUAUAUAAGUCAUUUUGUAUUAAAAUAAUUAAAUAGGCUUUAUGUAUUUUCUUAAAUAAAAUUAGUUCAAUAUUGUACCAAUUUUCUCAGUUUUCUUACAAUUUUCCCUGUUUUCCCAUGCUUUACCUGGUUUUUCUUAUUUUCUGGGAAAAUCAAAAAAUGACCUCUUUAAGUACCCUCCCCGUGACGAUUUUUUUUUCAGAAAAGGUACUACACAUAGAAAUUCGAGUAAGUCUUCAAGUAGAAAAGUUGCGCACAGAUAAAAAAAAAAAAAUUUAAAAAAAAAACAUCUUUGUAAAAUUAUAAACUUCUUCGCUUCACUCAGAAUCUAAAACAAAUGUAUUUUGGGUAUACCUUGAGACUCAAGUUAUCGCUCACACAGACUAUUUUAAUUGCAAAAUACCCCUCGAUUUGUUGUGCAAAAUUUUCUACCAAAAAUCUUGCUCCGAUGUAUCAAGUUUAGCUUAUUUUCUGAAAGGAAAUUUAAUCUUCAUGGUAAUUUGAGGAGGUCAUUUUCCCAACAAAUAUGAAAAACCGGGAAAAAAUGAGAAAAACGCAGGAUAAACAGGAAAAUCGGACAAUAUUAAAUAAAUAUUAUUAAAGAAAGUAUGUAAUGCCUAUUUAAUUAUUUUACCAUAAUAUAACAUAUAUAUAUAUAUAUAUUGUUGACAAAGCAUAACUAUCAACUGAACUGCGUUCAGAAUCGUUUUUUCGUUAGAAAUUGUUUAUCGUUGCUUAGAUUCAAUUACCUCUAACAGUGGCCGCACCUGACCUCAUUAUCUUAGAACGUCUUUUCAAGAUCGAAAAUUUUAAAUUAAUUAAUUUUAAUUUUGAGUGUUACAAAAAUUUGUUUUAGAACACGAUAUUAACUUUUAAUUAUCAUAUAUGGCAUUCAAAUUAGAAGUCAAUAUAUAAUACGUAAUUGUGUUUUCGUGUGUAUAACUGACUUUAAACAGUGGACAUUUAGCUCGAAUUUAUUAUAAUUUGUUACAAAAAUAUCACAGUCCUGGACGAAUGAUAUUUGAAUAAUGAACUUUAAAACUUUAAAUCUGUUUAAAUAUAAAGAUGAAUUUUACCUUCUAUAUUCGAGUAAUCCAUUUAUUUAGUGUUUAAUAUUUUAAUGUUUAGGUAAUUUAUAGGCUUAUUUUAUAAAUAAAAUAUAACGUAUAGGCUAUUUUCAAAACUAAAAUAUUGAGAGAAUUAUGUUUGGUCAAGACUUUAGGUUAGUAUUAACGUUUUGUGCCAUUUCGAUGUAUGACUCAUAAUUUUUAAAAUUUCUAUCUUUGCUAUAUUACUUGUGUUACAGUAACGACAUAAUUUGAUGAUGUGUUCCUUUUUGCAGAAUGCAAUUCUGUUAAUGUAAAAUUAAUUAUUAAUAUGGUUAUUUAAAUUUAAUUGAUAUAAAAUGUAGUUAUAUGGGUUAAUAUGUCAUUAGAAGACUUGCAGACUUAUUAAUACAUUUUAACUAGGUAUAUCAGUAGUUGGAAUGUAAUUAUUUAAAAUAAAUUAAAUCAUUGGAAUUAUUAUUUAAUUACAUAGUUUUGUUUAUAUUUUUAACGAAUUCUUUAGGUAUGAGUUCAAGUAAAAUGUUAUUCAAAUAACACAAUUAUAUUAUUUCAAGAACUCAAUUAUGUGUAUAUAUAUAAUAUUAUAUAUUUAUAGAGUGGAAAAAGGAAAAUCUAUGACUUGAGAGAUAUAUAUUAUACGAGUAUAUCUAUGAUCUAUAAAUAGUUAUAUAUUAUAUAAUUAUUUAAAGAUCAUGCUGUAUUGUGAUUGCGAGUUAUUAUACCUUUGUAAGUAUACUAAUUACCAAAUAUUAUAAAUUCAGGAACGUUAAAAAACAAUUGUGUACCAUUCAAUUCCUAUAUUUUCUAUAUAAUAACAUUUAUAGUUUAUAUUUUUGUUAUCAUAAAAAUAAAAUAUAUUUUUUUUACAAUUUGUUAAUUUUUCUUUGAUUUUUCAAUGAAUUUGUAUCUAUACAUAAUAGUAAUUUUUCAUCUUUUCCAACUUGAACUAUUUUGAGAUUAACCACCUUGGCUCUAUAUUUUUUACAUCAUCUGUGCACACCCUAAUAUAUAUUCCUAUUUACUCUAAAUCGUAUUCGACUAUCUAUUUUUUAGUCUUCCUGCCACAUACAUUUGCUACAUUAUAUACCCUUACUCUUUCCACAUAUAUUUGCGAAACUACCCUUACAGCUUUUAACUCAUUUCAUUUCAUCACACGCUCCAACCACCUCAAUCCAUUAUCAUUCAUGUACUAUCUGACAUAACGCUUGUAACGACUUUAAAAACGCAUUCCUUAUUCUUUCCAUUCUUUAGUGACUACACUCAUCCAUCAUUUAAGCAAAUUAUAAUCUCUGCUACAUUAUCUUUCUGCUCUCUGUUCAUCUUUGUGUAUUAUAUAACAUCAUCGGUCCCACUACUGCAGUUUUGUAGAAUUUACCUUUCAGGUCAAUCGGAAUCCGCUUAUCGCAUAGCACCUCCGUGAUUCUCUUCGCUUAAUCCUGUGUUUCAAUCCCAUUCUUCUUAAAUAUCCAUUGUUAUUUUAUAAAUGAUAUCUUACAUACUUAAGUCCCUAUCGCGUUCUCACCUGCCGUUUUACCUUGCCUUAAGUUUUAACCUAUCAUCACUUUGUUUAAAAUUGUGUUUUUCAAUAAAUUUAUGUAUUAUAAAUAAUAUAGGUACUUGGUUUUUUAUUAUUUUUGUUUUAAUAUCAUAUAAAUAUGUAUAUGCAGUGGCGGAUUUUCAAAAUUUUUCUGGACUCUUAAAAAACCUUUAAUAGAUGCUUCUUUUUAAAUUCUGAGUGGAACGAGGAAUGUAUUGGUUUUACAAUGAUAUUUAUUUUUAUUUUUAAGGAGAAAAGAAUAACUUUUCUCCUUACAAUUUUGCUGCGAUUUUCAAGCGUAGCACUUUCUCUGAAAGGAAAUCUGAAGUAGGUCAUUUUUUGAUUUUCCCAGGAAUUUUCAUAAUAAUUAAAAAUCAUACUUCUUACAUUUUUCUUGUGAAUAUUAUUUACUUUUAAAACUAAAUCGUCCCUAAGUACUUAAUAUUGGAUUUGUAUAAUAUUAUAUUAUUCAUUCUAUACUUGUAUAUUAGUGUUCGAUGUUACAAAAUAUUAUAAUAAUGUAUAUUAUAUUAACUUGUGAAAUUGUGAAAGCUAGUAUUUAAUUAGAUUAUUAUGUUAUAUUAUUUUAUUUGAUAAUUUUCAAAAAUUAUAAAUAAUUAUGAUUUAGAAUUUAUCAAUUGAAUGUGAGUAUUUUGAUGUAUUUUAGCAAACGUCGUUUAUUUUGUUAUAAUCGAAUUUACUGAUUUUUAUUCACGCUGAUAUCUUGAUUUACGUCUAAAUUAAUGGUUACCCACUUAGUACCAAAUAAUAUUGAUUAAAAAUAUAAUAUUAAAAAAAAAACGCACCGGUUGAGAACCAUACUGUUUUUUUAUUAUAUUUCAAAUAAUACGAGUUAUUUAUUUCACGUUGAAUAUAUUGUAACCGUAUUACCGUAAGACAUAAAAUAUCAAACUUCUGAACAAUGUAUUUUAAUAUUAGAUACUUUAUAUAUUAUGUUUAUGUUUUAAACAUUUUAUGUCAUUAAAUUCAUUAUAAUAGUAGUAUUAGUAUUGAAACAAUUAAAGCAAAAUGUUAAACAUAAACACAAUUUUUCAGUGUCUAUAAUAUAAUAUAAUACUAUAAUAAAUAUGUUUGACACGUAAUUUAAUGUUAUUAUAAUAUUCUAAUAAUAUAUAUUGUUUGUUAUUGUGUUUAUAAAUAUACAUAUGUAUGAAAUAACUUUAAUGACUGUAUAAAUUUACAACAAUUUUCCCUUCAGAAUAUUAGUAUAUUAUUGUGGUAUUAAUGAAUUACUAUCGUCAGCCUUGUUUAGGGUUUUCGAUGCCACAUGUAAAAUAUUAUAUUAUAAUAUACGAAAGAGAAGAUGUGUGUUGUGAACAGGUAGGUAUGUAAUAUUAUAAUCGUAUACUGGACAUUUUUUCAUUGCGUUAUAAGAACGUUGAGGUCGCAUAAUGUGUUUUUAAUCAGAGCUCAAAAUAUUAUUAUGAACAGAGGAACUUCUCGUACGGCGGGUGUAUUUUGUAUAACGAUAUGAUGGUCUAAAAGUAGAGAGGGAAAGAGACGAACGCACAUAAGAGUGAAAGUGAAUAUAAAUGUCUUAUUUUUUUUUUCUUCCCGCGUCGGCCAACGGCGACGACGGCGUCGUCGUAAAAUGACUCCGGUCUGGUCCAACGCACAAUGGGAAAGACUUACAAACGCUAAAUACAAGGCUAACAAUGAAGACGAUCGAACUUUACAAGGACUUUUACAUAUAGUGGACAGCACGUGGCUAGAAGAAAACACGUGGCGCUAAUUUUCUAUUUCGAAUAUAUUAUAAUAUUAUUACCGGUAACAUUUCAAUACGGGCUUAUUAUAAAAUAAUAAAUUGUAAUGCAUCUUAUUUGACAUAUAUGGAAUAAAAUCGUUUAAUCAUUGAAGUAUUGAACACCUAACUAAUGUGAUAGUGUUGAUUUUAUUAUGUAGGUAUAUCUAUUAUAGUACCUAAUCGAUAGAUAAAUCGAUUAUUUUAUUAGUUCUGUGAACGAUAAUGAUAUUAUAUUGUAAUGUAUUUAGAGAAAAUAUGAAUAUUGUACCUAUUAUUUGUAUUGUCAUGGGCCGGAAUCUUUUAUUUUUAGUAGACAAAUAUUUAUGAAAGUAUAUUAAGUAAUACAAUUUCCCACAACGUUAAUAUACAAAAUUAUUUGCAUUAUUAAAAAAAAAAAACAUUUGAUCAGCAUACAAUAUAAUAUUAUAAUAUUAUUACCGACCUGUUUUAUACAGUGUAUCUAUAGUAGUUAUUUAUUUAUGUAUUUUCAAUGUUAAACAUGUGUAAAGACAGUAUUAUUGAGAGUUGAUACAUGGUUGUAAAAAGUACUAACCCUAUUUUAUUACAAAUUGUUAAAUAAAAUAAUAUUUUAUAAAUUUCAUCUUACAACGAUUUUGUGUAUUAUAGUCCUGGAAUCGUGGAAUAUAAUGAUUACGUUUCAAGUGGAUAGCUUUUUAUUAUUAUUAUUAUUAUUAUUAUUCAAUGCAGUAUAUUUGAUUGGUCUUAAUUAUAUAUUAAAUUCAUUGUUAGAACUUAUUGGAGUUCAGAUUGAAGGUUUUUUUCAUCAAGAGCUUUCUGUAUAUAAUAAGGAUUAAAGUUUAAUAUAGUACUUUUAAACUACUAACUAAAAUAAAACUUCUGGUUAAUUUUGUAUACGCAUCAAACAUCUUUUAUAAGUACAAAACAAUGUACAAUUGUUAGUUAACAAUCCAAAAACGUAACAACCGUGACUUAUAAUUAAUUAAUUGUUGUACUUAACAAAAUAUAUUAUAGUAUAUUUAUAUUUUGCGUAUACCUACGUAUCAAAAUGUUUAAAGUACCUAACCUAAUGUAAAUCUAUCCCAUGUAAGUUUAACUUUAUUUUAUACCUCGUGACGUCAUUAUUUAAUCCGUUGAAUUAUUUUUAAUAAUUUAAAAUCGAAGCCCAAUAAUUAUUAUACUUUCUCUAACUCAACAUAAUUGUGUUUAAUUACAAUUUGUAUUAUUUUUUUUUUUGAAAAUGAUAAUAACUUGUUAAACAUGACCAGAGGGUAAAGUCUGAAUGUUUAUAAUAUUCCGUUAUGCAUAUAAUAAUAAUAAUAAUAUUAUGGUUGCCAUUUGGUAUUAAGCUUUGUGGAGGGAAAGGCUUUAUAUAUUAUAUUAGUUUUGUCUCAAAUUUUGUGAAAGCUAAGUCCGUUUAACGGCAGCUUUCGAAAUUAAAAGAAAGGCGGCCAGGGCAGAUGUUACGAAAUACCCGGCAGUGAGUACACCAAACCGCCACCGCCGACGCCCGAUGGAUACACCAGAGAGAGUUCUGGUGCGUACGCGUUAUAAUAUACCCAGCAUCUAGGUUAGAAUAAUGCGGUUAAACUUCCGCCUCUAACACUGCCGACGAACAAAAUCGGAACAAUAGACGAAAAUAAAUAGCCGUUCGUGCAUUAUUUGAGCAGAACAUGAUUUUCACAUUGUACCUUCGCAUCGUUCUCAUUUCUGCAAUAAAUAUCCUUAUUAAACUACAUACUUCCUUCCAGCUUUCCAUCUAUUUUAUGUAUAUGUAUGGGUACCUAUAUACUUAUUAUAUCUAUUUAAAAUAUCUAAAUGCUCCGUCAUAAGUAUACUAUUUUAUUUAAACUAAAUUUUCUUUUAUAAUAUACACGCAUAUAUUAUCAUGGUUUAAAUAAAUAGGUUUUUCAAGCGUUUCAAUUUCAAGUUAAAUAUUUUUGUUUAUAUAGGUACAGCACUAUUUUAAAAUAUCUCUAUACGUACUGUUAUUACUCUUAUUUGUAUGAUGUCUAACACGUUAAAUUUAUUUUUGAAUAUAAAAUGGCUCGCAAUUAACUCUAUAUUAUAAUAUAGUAAAUAGAAUAUAUGUUAUAUUUUAUAUUGGUCAAAUAACUAGUUUUUUAAUUUCCACUGGUCAAAAGCACAUCGUGUAAUGGUGUCGCAUAUUACCUAUUCUAAUUAUAUAUAACAAUACAACGUUAUUACCUAAACAGUUUAAUUACUUUUGUAUUUAUUUGGAUUUGUCAAAAUAGUUUUAUUAUAAUAUAUUCAUAGUAGUUUUCUGGUGAAAUAUAUGGUGAUAUUUGGAAAAAUACCUUAGCCCACUAGAAUAAUAUAUUGAUUGCAGUAUUAUGUUCAAGUACGUAUGGUCUGUAUACUACUAUCGAAUACCAGUUGUUAUAUAAUAGUCCAUUGAUAUUUUCAUGAUUAUACAUUUGACCCUCGGUACGUAGGAUGUUUCGAUGUAUUUGUGUUGAUAAACACACAACAUAAUAUUAUGUCAAUGCGUUUCAUUGUAAUGAAUAUUAUAGCUUUGUAGAUAAACAUAAUUUUAUGUUAGGUUUGAUAACAGUCCAUUAUAUUAUUAUUAUCAUUAUUAUUAUAUUCUCGUUUUCAAUAUUGACUUACAUAUUACCUUGUAGAUAAAAUAGGUUAUAUUAGUGUUAUUUAGAUAGACACACUUGUAACUUAAAUAAGUAUAUCCAUCGACUGUAUGACUGUACAAGCUCUUCAAAACGCCCACCAUAUUUUAAGUAUCCUUAUAGCGUUUGGGUGAAUGGGAAAGUCGAGAAAACGUCCGAUUUCUACAGCAGGCAGCUUCAUUUCUAGCGUCAUUAUCGUAACACUAUGGUACAUUUCUCUGUAAAAUAUAUGUAUAAAACUCUCACCAACUAUCAUUGUUGAACAAUAUUUAUACGUAUUUCUCUAUUAGAAAGCGAUCAUCCAAAAUUAUAUUUUAACCUUCUGAUUAGGUCCUUAAAUGGUGUAUAAUAUUAUAUAUAGUGUCAAAAUAAAACAUUUAAUUUAGUUAUUUAAAGUGUCAUGAUGUAUAUUAUACGUGGAGAAGAAUGGAGUUGAUUAGUAUAGGUAAUAAUUUAAAAUAAAUUAAUUUCUUGAUAAUAAAUAAUAAUGUCGUAAACUUUGUUUAGUAUUAAAUAGCAACAAUCACUUUAUUUAACCACUUUUUAAACAUUUUAAUGGUUAUGGAACAUUACCAGACACGCAGUUGUUAAUAGAUUUGAACCAAACAGUCCUUGACAAAUUCACACUAUCAAUUGUGUAAAUAGGCGAUUCAAUAAUAUAUGUAGCUAACAUAAUAAAAAUCACUAAUAAUUUAAUAACUGAACAAUUUAUUUAAUUUAAUUAUAUAUAUAUAUAUAUAACUAUAGUUGAUAUUCAAUUUUGAUUACUUUUUCUCAGAUAAACGUUAUAAUUGAAUGACAAAAAUCAUAUGUUAUCAAGGUAUAUACUAUAAUGAUAUAUAUUAUUUUAAAGAUUAAAUUAAUUUUAAUUCACAUAAAUUUAUAUUAUACAAUCAUGUGCUCCAUAUUUAUUAAUGAUUUUUUAAUAUUUUAUUUUAAUAGUUUAAUACUUAUAAAUGUAUGGAACAUUAUUAUGAUGUUGAACUCAUAACUGUAUGAAAAUGUUUAGAAUUUUAAAAUCUGAGUCUUAUAAAAAUUACAGAAACACGGUAAUAUAAAAAGUCAAAAUAACUAAAACCCAAAGUUUAAAGAAAAAUAUACUCUAAAUCAUUACAAAAGUUGUAUGAUCCAUUAGUCGUGCUUUUUACAUUGAUAAAUGAAACUAAUACACGUUAAUGUUGAUUGCAAAUACAAAACGCGUUAGGAAUAUUUACAUUUAUUGAAUGCUAUCUUGAAGUAUAAGUCUGAUAUUAGUUGCCUUCGUAUUUAUAGCCCUGAGAAUAAUCAAUCUGAAAAAAAAUUUAUGUGGAGUAGAAUAUUAUGAGUUUAAAUGUAAUAUAAUGGAAAGUGCUUGGCCCUGUAGCAGCAGGAAACACCUUCAACCUUCAUAUUUUUAACUCUUCCUCCGUUUGGAGGUCUCUUAGUUCUCUAUGUUUAUUAUAGCAUGGUAAAUCUCUCUAGGCCACUUUCUAAGGAUCUAAAACACUAUUAACAUGCACAAGUACAAACACAGAAUUGAUUACAUUAAUUUUCUGCAUUAUAAAAACAGUCCCAUCAAUGAAUUCCAAUUUUAAUGACCGUAACAUUCGUUUACAAAAAAAAAAAAAGUUUUAUCGAUUUUAAGCCUAUAUCGAAUAUAUAGUACUUAAAACUUUACAAAUAUGCUGAUGUAUGGCAUAUGUUGCAUUUGCAGCUAUACAAUUUUAUGUUUGUCGGAAACCUUGACCUAGUUACUAAAUUAUAAUUUGGACCACAUGUGCUCCAUUUUAUUCAGCGGCAAUCCAAAAAUUGAUGAUGUUUAAACUUUUAAAAUGUAAAAAAAUGUACAUUGUAUAUAUAUAGUUUAAAACUUAUUAAUUAAUGUAAGCAUUUUAUUUAUUACAGAACACAACUAGAUUUUGAUUUGACACUUAUCUGCCCAUCAUGUCGUAAGUCGUUUAUGUUUUAUUUAAAUAUUUUAAUAAGUAUACUUAGGAAGGUAUUUUUAAUAAUAAAUGUAGCUACGUAUAUUGUUUACAUAUAAACUUGCUGUUUUUGAAAAAUAAACAAUCAGUUAAAUUUAUUGAUUGUUGGAUGUUAAAAAUCGACUAUUAAAAUUGUUUAUAUUCAUUUUUUAACCUAAUUUUUUUGUUACUAAACAAUGCUAUGUUUCUGGUUCGAGUAGUACCUAUAUUAUAGUUGAUUUAACAUUAGCACGCGUAACCAUUGUUGCGUAAGUACUCGUGAAAUUGUGUCGAUCUCUUUUGGAGAAAGAGACAGGUGAAAGGGGUCUGAAGUUUUUCUUUGCUUUUUUUUUGUCCUUGUGUACUUUCACAGGGUUUUCAAAUAAAUCAUUAAUUUUUCUUUGUUCAUUUGGUUCGCAUUUAAAAUUUAAAUUAAUUUUCAAUUGUUAAAAUGAAAAAUAUAUCCGAUAUGUAAAUUUAAAACACUUGUUAUUUUUAGUAAAAACUAAAAUUGUAAAGUAAAUUUAUAUUGGAUAUUAUCAUAUUGAGGCUAAUUGAUUACCGUCAAUCUAAUUAAUUUAUCUAAUCUUAUAGAUGGCGCAUUUUCAAAAAUAUUAUCCUUCACUUUAUGCUUUUUUGCUAUUAUUAUAAGUCAUAAAAAAUAACUACGAAUCAUUAAAAAUAAAAAUGAUAAAGAGCUUGUUGUACAGACGUGCCAAGGACUCCGUAUCAGUCGAGGAGUUGACGUUUCUGACAUCAUAUCAGGGCCAGACCGAUAAAAUACGUUGAAACAACUACUAUUUAAUACUUAGUACUUACCAUAACAAACGUAUAUAAUAUGUUAGAAAGUUUUAGAUAAAAACAAAUGUAAUAUAUGAUGUUUUUAGUGUUUAUACAUCACUUAUAAUAUUGAGAAUAUUUUUGUAGUUCAUAAAUUUAAUUUGAAUAUAAAUAUGAUGUACAUACAUAUGUUAUAAUUACAUCGGGGAGCAAAUAGAACAGUCACCUCUACAUAAAAAAAUAAAUUUAAUAUAUUAUAUUCGUUCAAAAUUCGUUAAUUUCGUUGAUUUUAGUAUCACUAAUAAAACUUAAAAAAAAAAAAUUGGUGAUACGAUGAAUUUGCUCCUUAUUUAUACAUAAUAAUAUAAUACAUAAAUUGAAAAUUACGUUAUUUGUAGAGAAAAUAAUAUGUACUAAAGAAAAGAAAUUAUUUGCUAUACGUUUUUUUAAAGGUUUCUUUCUGUAUUUUUUAGUUUUUUUUUUUAUGGAUUGGUGUUCCUAAUAUUGAUAAGUAAUCGAACAAAUACGACAUAUUUUUCAGCAUUCAAAACGUGGUAGGUCGAUGAUAAAUUAUUAUAAGAGGUUAACGUUAUGGCUGGCAGCUGCGUUAAAAUUAGCAGGUCCGGAAUCGGCCGAUGGUGAUCUGUGCCACCGCCCGUUCUAACCUAGAAUUCUAUAUAUUAUUAUUGUUUAAAUAUACGAUGAUUUGUGCAAAGCGUCCUCGUUUAAUAGUAGCCGGGUUACCGAGACAAAAAGGUGUCCGACUUACGCCGUUUUGAUAAGAAAGGCAGAAAUUUAAAAAAAAAAUGUGAUUUAUCUAUAACUACGUCUUUAUAAAUAGUUUGCCUCUAAAACAUUAUACUGUUGAAAACCUUGAUAAAGUAUAGAACUUUUUUACUAUAUCAUUAUUUUUGUAAAUGACUAUAGUUUUUUAAAAAUACUUAACAAUUUUAAAAUAAUUAAUGAUUUUAGUAAAAAUGUAUUAUAUAAUAUUAUUUUUAUAUUAUACAACUUGCUAAAUAUUGAUAUAAUUCAUUAUAUAUUGGUAUAUUAAAUCAUAGGAGUACGUAAAAAUCUUAAAUGUUCUAAUGUGGAAUUUAAAAGUUCGAUAUGUUUAAAUUUUGAAUCUUGAGUUUUAUCGUUAUCGGAAUCUGAACCGAAUCAAACCUGGAUCAUGUAAGUCCAUAAUGUUCAAAUCUGUAAUGUAAAAGUCCAGAAAAUCUGGAAAGUGAAAUUUUUAAAUUUCAUAAAAUAAUACGAAGCUUAGAACACUAUCAUUCUUGAGGUAUACUCAGAUUUAGAUUUAAGUUAGGUUGUCCUUGUCCUUUUAUUGCCCUCUAUGAAAAGGGCUGCCCAGUGGUACUUGAAAUGGCAACUCUAGCUGAGAGGCGUAGCGAGCUGUUCCCCACAAUUAGAGCUAUUCCAGAUUUCUACAUUCCGAACUUUUACAUUCCGAACUUUUACAUUCCAAGUAAAUUCGGUUUCAAUUUCGAUAUCCGUGAAACUUUGGAUUACAGAUUUGUACAUUACAGAUUUUUAUAGAUGUCCUGUAAAUCAUAUUGUUGUAUUAAUAUUCUUGAAUUAAAAAUAUUACUUACCACGAUAUUAAAAUAAGUCAAAUAACCUUAUAUAAAAUAAAUUGUGUAAUAAAAAAAAAUAAAUAGAUAUUUAACGGCAUGAAUAUGCAUUAACUUUUAAUUAGUAAUAUUUGCAUGUUGAACUAAAAUAUUGUAAUUUAAAUUUGAUACAAAUAAAUACAAUAUACUUUCUAGAUAAAUAGCUAUUAGAAAUUUGCGUAUACUUCUGUAUCAAGUUAUAUAUUACCAAACAAAGUAAAUCGUGAUAAAUAUAUAGGUUUAUUUUAACAAAAAAAAAAAAAAAAAAAAAAAGACUAUUGUUUAAACACAAACAUUUUAUAGCUGAAUAAAUUUAUAAUAUAAUAACUAAAAUAAUGCAUAGCCUAGAUAGGUAGUCAAUUUCUAGUCGUCCCGUCUUUGGUCUGAAUGUCUAACCUAUAUUACAUCACAAGUUUUUUAAAAAUUUUCUCAUUCUUUUUGGAACUUAUUACAUAAUUAUAUUUUGAUCGCGUAGUGUCCUAAUUCUAUUUUACUUUCUGUCAUUUCAGAUAUAUAUGUAAUAGUUAUAAUAUUUAUAGAUGUUUGUAAGAAAUUGAAUAUUAUAACUGUUUAAAUUACAUUUUUUCUGUGCCUUUUUAAUUUAUUGUUAUAAAGGUUUAUAUAAACAAAGUUUACUAUUGAUGUAUAUAAUAUAUAAUAUUAUAUCAAAUAUAUAUAUAUAUAUAUUAAUUAUUUAUAGUACUAUACUAUAAUUUUCACAAAAUCAAUAUUAUAUGAUAAAAUUUGUAAGCAUAGUAACAAUGAAAACGUGUAAACCUUGAAUGUAAAGAUCUGGAAUUUCAGAUUUGUACUUUCCAUGUUUUUAAGAAUAUUAUCGAAAUUACUUUUCAGGUUUGUAGGAUUCUGAUUUCAAUAUCUAUAAAACUUCAGAUUCCAGAUUUGUACAUUCCUCACAUAUACCUCAAAGGUUUUUUAGGUAUCCAAAAUAAAAAUUAUUAUUAUAAUAAAUACUACAAUCAUAUCUAUGACAUAUGCCUCAUUUAGAUGGUACUUAAGUACGGAAGUUUAUUUUUGUUUAUUAAAAAAAAUAUUGGUUUAAUAUUACCUACAAAAUCUAUAUUGCUCAAUAUUAUAUACAAUGGGUAUUUAAUAAAAUGUCCGGCCAUUAUAGAAAACUCCAAAAUUGUAUACUUUGCACAUAAUGUUUACACAGGCGUAGCGAAGGGGGUAAUCGAGAGUCAGUCACCUCCGACUUUUUUUAAGGGGUCUAUGUAUAUGCCUACUUAUAUAACAAUUUUUAAGGAAGUGACAAAAACUCAGUGUUAAAUCUUCAUGUAUAUAGUAAAUGUAUAGCCAAUGGGUGAGUCAUGAUACUCGCCUCUAGAAAUGUUUGAGUUUGCCACGCCACUGCAUAUACAUAUUAUAUGUUUUCAUUAGUAACUUGCAGCCUUGGAUAAAAUUAUACUUGAUAUAUAUUUACUACGUAAUUACUAUUUACUAAUAUAAUAUUUAUGUACAGGGUUUAUUCUAAAGAUUUUACCUAUUGCCCAAAAUGCACUGAAAUAAUUUUUUUCAUGGAAUUCAUUGGGACUAUAAUAUUUAUUUGAUGAUUUUCACCUAAAAAAUAAAAUAAUUUCGGAUAUCUCACUUAUCAUUUAUUUAUUAUUAACAGUAAUAUCGUCUUAAGAAGAAUCUUGCAUUUAUUUAAUUUUGAUGUAUUAGGUAUUAAAAUUAAAAAGUUAUGCAUUUUUAGUCUAAAACAAUAAAAUGCAAAUAAAUGUGUGCGAGAUAUUUAAUAAGUUUUUCAUGCAUUUCAUUCCAGCGAAAACAGUUUUAACGGCAUCUAUCAAAAAAAAAUUAUGUAUGAAAAAUUAAAAACUAGUUAAUGAUAACUAGUUAAAUAAAUAGUUUAACCAUGAGGUUAUAAUUCUAUUACUAAAAUACAAUUUCUAUAAUCAAAGAAAGGAAUGAAGAUUCAUUUACUUUAAACUUAAUGCUGCAUUUGUAUAAUAUCAACGCGUUUUUAUCCAAUACUGCUGUAUAUAUGCUUUCAAAAGUUGAAAUUUUAACAUGUUAUAUUUGCUAUAUUUGUGCCCGGCGUUUGUACUCUGGAAUUUUUCGAAAUAGAGCCGAUUUUCUUAGUGGAUGCUGCGAAAAAGGUUACACACCUACCUUUAUACUUUGAAAUUUAAGGAUGCCAUUGAUUUGUGCUACGUUUAUUAUAAUUUUUUCCGUAAGUCCUGGCAUUUAUGCUUUCAUCUCUUCUAAGAUAAAACACUUUUUCUUUGAUGUUGCUGGAGUAGUUGCAUCUUUCGACAUUUAAAAUAGCUAUCGUAAGUCCGUAUUUUUUUACGCAUAAUUAAUUAUGUUUAGUUGUAAGCUCAUAUCAAUGCUAUAGACAUUUUUAUAAUAAAAGGACAUGAUACCUACAUGUGCUGUUUUAGUCUAACCAACAGGCCUCAUAGUAAAAACAUGCUUACACAGUCCGAGUAGUACUCGCUUAGUUUUAGCUUUAAAGUAAAAUCAUCUGUUAUAAAACAAAAGAAGACGAUAUUCGGGAGGGUAAAAUGCUACAUUUUUUGAAAACUUGCAGUCAUUUUAAAAUAUUGAAACUGUCGUUAUUUUUUAACGUCAUAUGUAUUUUAUGUGGGUUGAUGGAAAAAACGUGCAGUGUAUUAUCCUUCCGAAUAUUGUUCUCUUCGAGUUUAAUAAUAAGCAAUUUUACUUUAUAACCAAAACUAAACGAGUUCUACUCGGUCUACUUAAGCAUGUUUUUGCUAUAUUGCCUGCUAGUUGUACUGAGACAGUAAAUAAUGCCUUAUAUUUAUCGGGUUCUAGAAGUUAAAAUUAAAAUUGUAAUUUCAAUAGGUAAUAUUUAAGUAUUGUAUUUUUAUAUAAUAUUAUAAUUUCGUUUUUGAUACAUUAUUCGGAGUUUUUCAGUCAUUGUGCAUCAUUUACAUUUUGAAAAUUAUAGUACCUAAUUUAAUAUAGGCAUACAAAUAUAUUCUAUUGAUAAGUAAAACUUUUUGUUUAGUUUCUUUAUUAUUCAUUCUUGAAACCAUUAUUAUUUUUGUUUAUUUUCAAUUUCCAUACGAAUUAGUGCUUAUAAAACAUAUUUAUAUAGGGCGUAUGUAAGUUCCUAUACGGUAUAAAAAGGUACAAAUAUAAGGUAAAAAAUAAAUGCGUAUAUUAAUUCCUAUACGGCGGAAAAAAUUAUACAUUUAAGUUCCUACAUUAUAUAAUGCAGUGGUUCUCAAUAUUUUUAUAACCACGAUCCAAAUUUUUUCCCAAAAAUCUAUUGCGACUCACAUGGUUGUUUCACUUUUCCAAAAGUAGUUUAUGAAAAUGGUCAGGAAAAUCAAAAAAAUUACCUUGAUAAAGUUUCACCCCAAUGAGAUUUCCUUUAAGUAAAAGUGCUAGACUUGAAAAUCGGAGCAAAAUUGCUGGUAGGAAGGUUGUUUACAGAUAAAAUAAAUAAUAAUAAAAAAAAAAACACUAUUGUAAAACCAAUGCAUUUCUCGCUCCGCUCAGAAUCUAAACACAUAAAUUUCUUGGAAUCUAAAUAGUAUAAUAUAAUUCAAAACAAUUUAAUUUUCACAACCCACCAAAAAUUGACUAGGGACCUAUCAGUGGGUCACGACCCAUAGUUUGAGAAACACUGGCAUUAUGCAUUUCAUAAAUAAAUAGGUAAUGAUAAUACAAAAUAAUAAAAAUCCUAUACGGCAGAAAAACUUGGCUCUUGUUUAAAUUGCUAUGUAUUUGUGGUAUUUAUACUUAAUAGUGUAUGAUAAUAACUUAUCGAUAAAGCUGAUAUCUAAAUUUGAUUUUUCGAUACACAAAAUAUUUAUGACUUUUCAUUACUGAUAAAAAUGAUACAAAAAACUUGAUUUGGUUUGAUAAUCGUAUAAGUUAUAAGCUUAUAACUAUACACAUAAAAAUGUACGUUCAGUAGUAAUAAUUUCUCUAGUUUUGUUAGUAUUGUUCGAAACAUUUGCGUGUCCGUAUAUAUCCGUCUAUACUCACCAUAUACGUGACACAGAGCGAAAUUUUAUCAUUCAUGUUAAGUGAAAAAGGCAAACAACUUCUAGUUUUAAUACGAUUGUGUUGCAUUUUUAAGUUUCAGAAAUAAACCUCAUAAAAUUUAAAAUAUUUUUUUUAAGGCAUGUAAUGAUUUUAUAUUUAUGACCUACGCAAUUAUUAUUUUGUAGGGAAUUCUCUAUUACCACCGUCCUUCCUCCCCUCCAUUUUCAUAAUAUUUUGACAUGAAAAUAUUUAUUAAAAAUAAGUAUAGUCCUACUUUUUCUGUUUUUUAACUUCUUUUAACACAUUCUUCUUAAACAUUUUAUUUUCAUACUUAAAUCACUUAAAAUAAAUAUACAUACACAUGUAAGAAAUUUUUUUUUCAAAAUUAAGGACUCUAGAAUAGGUCAGCUCUUGCCCCUGAACCACUAAUUUCAUUAAUAUAACUGAUUGAUAAUAUACUGCAAUAUUAUAUCCCAUGCUAUAAUCAAUGUAUAGUUAAUGUUCUUUUCAAAAAAAGUGCUAGAAAUGUUAUCCACAAAAAAUAAAUAAAAAAAUACACAUCAUUGUAAAACCAAUACAUUCCUUGCUCUGCUCAGGAUUUAAAAGACUUGGUUUGAUUACAUAAUUCAAAAAAGGAAGUGCAGCCAUUAAUUUCUCCAGCUGCACUUUAUUAAAAUGGCUGUAUCUCGGAAAGUUUAAAAGUACAAAUGUCAGGAAUAACGGCACAAAUCAGUACAAAAAAAUACUCUUGAUUUCGUUUCAAAAUUUUAUGUUGAAGAUGCCAAGGAAAUAAACCUCCAUUUGUCGCUUCUUACAACUGUGAGAGUAUUCUGAUCCCCUCCCACAUGAAGAAUAUUAUACUAUGUAUAAUGUCAUAGUAUGUUUAUAUUUAAUAUAUACCUACAAUAUUUUAUCAAAGCAAAAUCUAUGAAGUCAAUAAUUAUAUUGAUAACUAAUAUUUUAAUCGCGUAUAGAAAAACAAACUGUUUUAUAUAUAUAUAUAUAAAAUAUUAUUAAAUUAUAUGAGUGAAAUGAAUAAAGAAAAUUGUAAGUGAUGCGUGAAUUCUGAACUGGUUAUAUCUCCCUAUUUCCAAUGGGGCUAUUCCCUUAUCUACCGUUUGCCAACAUUUUAUCGUGUUGAUUAAACCAAAUUGAAAACUGUUCAAACUGCACUUAACGUGCAGUCUGAUUCAUUUAUCAUAUUUAUUUAAAUGAAGACGGAACAACUUUUCCAAAUUUUCUUCAAUUAAAUUAAAUUUCAAAAUUAGUUUUGACCACUGUAAUGAUAAUACUUUUCCACUUAUGUAUUUCCCGAUACUAAAGAAAAAGGAUAUGGUCAUUUGUACGGGUGAAUAUGACUUUUAGACUUAUGUAAAAUUAGAAAUACAUCCCUAUGUUUGAUUUAAAUUAAUAAAUAUUUAUGGAUUUUUUUAAAAAUUGCCUAGGUUUCUUAGGAAGUUAAUUAAAAAUUUAAUAUAACGAAAAUAAAUACAAAAAAUAUAAUUAGGUAUUUUCACGGAAUUUUCAGAAAUAAUAUCAUAAUUGUGGAAGUCUCUAAAAUUGAGACUUCGAAACCUAGAAAAUUUGUCAACAAAUUCAUUCAUAAUUUAAAAUUUUAAUCGAACAUUGGGAAGUAAAUCUAAUUUCCCACUAUUAUUGUUGUAAAAUACUCAAACGUAUGAAAACGUUCCAGCCUCCUUAAACUUCCUAGUGACCUACAAUUUUUCCAAUUAAAUCUUAUAGAUAAUAUCGAUGUUCUUAUUUUACUAUAACUUGAUAAUAUCAUAAUAGCAAUUUCCAGACAGCGUUGGGUAUGACUGUAGUAAUAUAAGUAGAACACAAAAUAACAUUUUGUAUUGUAUCUUUAUAAUAUCAUUUUAAUGUCAUUUUUCAUGAAUAUUACAUAUUCACGUGGUCCGUGUACUGUACAAUAUUUUUGAUUAUUUUCCAUUAUGGUAUAACAUAGAUUACAAAUCCAUUUUAUAAUAAAAAUGUUUAACCAAUUCGCAUACACUUCUAACACUAAUUAAAUAAAACCAAUUACUAAUAUUAAAUAUUUUAUUAUAGUGUAUUGUUAAUUAUACAAUUGACAGUAAUUUCUUUCAAAUAACCUUAUUAUUUGCUUUGCGCAUUAUUAAUUUUAUUGGCUAUAACUUUCACAAAUUCAUUUGAAAUUAUGAGUAAUGCAAAAUAUACGUAAUUUAAUGAAAUUAUAAAUAUGUGUAAAUUAUGACACAAAAUUAAAUUUAUUUAGAGUAGGUACAUUUUAAUAUGUUAUUAUUAUUUACUUGUACAAGUUUUUGAUUUGUUUAAUAAUAAUUUAAGUUGUAUGUGUAAUUCACUUUAUUUUAAACUAAUCCUUCAAUAGUUAAUGAAUCUAGGUUAUGGGUCAUAUUUAUUAAGUAAUUAAAAAUUUACUUUUUUUACGUUUUUUUUCCACUUGUAUAUUUUGUUAAACAUAAUAUUAUUAUAUUGUACGUACCACUAACUGAAAUAUGGGACAAGCCCACUUUUUUGAAUUCAACAAAAACAUCCUUUUUGAUAGGUACUUAAUAUGAAAUAUGUGUACAAUGAUUUGGUGAGUUUUUCUUAAUAUCUAAUAAUUUGACAUAUGUCUUAUCGUGUAAAGAAUAUAUGUUUAUAACAUACAUCCAUAAUAUUAAUAUAAUAUAUAUAUUAUAAUAUAUUAUAAUAUAUUAGUAUAGCAAAUAAAUAUUAACUUUUAUAGAAAUGUACGGCUGUUCUCAUACAAUGAUCAAUUACAUAACUUUUCAAAAUUAUUGUAUACAUUGUACAUUUUUAUUGUACUCGUACACACUGUUCACGGUUUCCCCUCUAAAAUCACUAACCUCGUGCCUCGUGACGGUAUCCACUUCGUUAGUUUCAUUCCGUUCCAGCCUGGUGUGGUGUUCGCUGCCUCGCUGGUUAGUGCGAUCUCAUCAAAAAACGUGUCGUAUUAGAAUCGCCGGGUUAAAGGUCAUCUUCAUUUGCAUUAUUAUAUAUCUAUAUUUUUUAAAUUCUGUCGUUUUUAAUUUUAAUUCCCGUAACAGUGCCAAUUGUAUAUAUUUUAACUUUGAACAAAAACCAGUGAUAUACGAUAUAAAGUAAAUAAUACAGUGCAAUAUUCUUGAUAAUUUUUUGAUAAGUAAGUAAAGUGGCUGUGCCAAAAGUGGAUUACUCAAAAGUUAAAUUGAACAUAAACAUCGAUACAUGUUUUAGGAUGGCUCUAGCCAGGUGAGCUCAAUUUAUAAUAAUUUAACUAGAAAAAUAUUUUAUUUUUAUCCGUUUAAAUAAUUCGGUAUACCUACACGGCAGGCUAAACAACUUGGGUACUUAUACAAAUAUAUUAUUCGUACGUCAUACCGUAUACAUUUCAUACACGGCCCUCUAAUUUCGACCUCUGUAAUUAAAAUAUUAAAUAUAUUCGUUUUAAUUUAUACAAUUGACGUACAGGAACAUAACACAAACACAAUCAUGAGUUGUAAUGAUACAAUGUCAUAGCCAAGGUUGCCCUUGGGUCUCCUCCAAUAUCUAUAUAAUGAUCAACUUUUUUAAAAGUAGUUUUUACACGUUUGGUGUUUCAGAAACAAUGUGAGAUUGGACACGAAGUUUAAAAAAAAUCAUUUUUUACGACGUGUACCCAUACUUCAAUUUUGUUGCCAAUUUAUAUUUUGUAAUAUUUUAUGACGAAAAUGUUCAUCAAAUUUAUAAAGUAAUUUUUGUCUUGAAAAAUAUUAUUCUAGUAAAUUAUAAAUUUUUGUACUAUAAUAGUAAAAUCGACCAAUUGAUUUUUAGUAUACAAAUAUAAUAUUAUAUUUGUUUGUUUUUAGAUUUGUAUUUCUAUUAUACAAAUUGUAUAUUUACUGGGAUUUAUUUUUUAUACCUCGGCAAUUACUAUUAUAAAGUAUUUAUGUAUCAUACUUACCAUAGUCAUAUAAUUUUGAUUAUUAUUUGGUUAAGUAGUAGGUAGGUACUUAAUACAUAUUUGUUCAUGAUUGCUUUUAUGUUGACACCGUCCAAAAUUUUUCAUUUAUAUUUAAUGCAUUAUUUCUUCAUUAUUCUUUUUAAAAUGCUUAGAUUACAAUAUUAACAUUGAAACAUCUUUCGUUUACAACCAUGAUAAACUUUGAUCGAAUUCGAAAUCAUUAUCAAGGUUAAGUAUUGGCCUCUAAUUUACGUCAUAUCAUGCGCCGUACCCCUUCUUUCGCGCACUAUGUGUUGUAGGAAACAUUUGAAUUACGUUAAAUAAUAUUAUUGCUUAAGGUUGUGAAUUUCAAAAUAAUAACAAAAACUCGAUCUUUAUUAAUGUCUAUAAUCUUGAGGAUUAUUUUCGUAUCUUAUUAGAAAUUGUUAAAGAUGGGUUACUUAUCAAUAUUUGUUUAUUGAAUUAUAUUAUAUAGAUACCUACCUAUGUGCAAUAAUUAUUGUUCUUAUGAAAAAGCAAAAGUUUUAGAUUAUGAUUCGAAUGAAUAUUAUAAGUACUUUUAUCGAAUAGUACUUCGCAGAACGAUUUAUUAUUAUGUAGGGUGAAUAAGAAAAUAUUAUUACUGUGGUGGAAACGAGGUCACGAGAUAAUAAAACACGCCCUUUAUAUUAUAUUAUACUUCUAUAAGGUUAACUUUAUGUUAACAUAAGUCAAUAUUUUAAAACGCAAAUUUUUUUUAAAUAUGAAUAUUAAAUGCAAUAAGAUUUAGAAUAUCUUUUAAGUCUUUGAUUAUUAAUAGGUAAUAACCUAUAUUUAUACACGCUAUGAAGAUUUCUAAAAUUUAACAAAUCCUCAAAGACCUUAUAAUUGUGUUAUAAUUGUGUCUCACAUUUAAAAAAUACUCAAAGUUUACAAAAUAAUCGUAACGAUGGAACUAUUACAAUUCUUCAAUUAUAAGUUUAUUUUGGAUAAUGUUUUUGUGCGGCCUGCAGACAUUUUCGAAAUUAUCUUAUUUAAGAAGCAAUUUAUAAUGGAUGUGUAUUUUUUCCGAAAGAGUUACCGAAAAAACCAAUUUAGUUGCUUGGAACGUAUAUUUUUAAGUUUGAAAUAAGUAGCUAAUAUUCUUAAAUACAAUAUAGAUUGUUAGGUACAAUCUAUAUUUGGUGUCUACCAAGUAUAUCCUAUCGUUAAAUUAAUCAAAAAGCUAAUGUAUUGAAUAUGUGAAGUAUAGAAAAUAACGAUUACCUAUUUUUACUAAAUAAAAAUUGAUUUUCGCUAAAAAUCAAGUUAGCCAAAGUGAGGUUACGCCAUUGCAGGAAGAAUUGCACCUAACAAGGACAACCGGUGCGUCCUAAGCAAUGUCAUCUGAUUACAAGGCCGGCUUGUUGCUAACAAACGAAAAAUCUAUAUAAUAUUAUUUAUUUUAUAUAGGUAUGAAGUGUUGUAAAUUAUUUGAAAUACUACACAAAUUCUAAAUCUAAAACAUAUACCAUUUUAACAAAUGUGUUCCGUUUAUUUAAAUACAUACUUAUUGUAGCUUAUCGUAAACAUGCACCUGAGUAUAAUGUACUUACCGUUUUGUUCUAUUGGGUGAAAUCAAUCAUAGGUGCGUUUUUAAUUUUAUUAUUUUUAUGUUUAAUAAUUUAAUAUUUUACAAGAUAAUAAAUAAGCCAAGCCAGAUAACGAUAAUCUUUUUUAUGUAGUCCAUAGAUUCGAAGAUUUUAUAUAAAUAUAUAUUAUAUAUAGAAUCCCGUAGAGAGAUUCAACAUUCUAGAUAAAAAGUUAUUUUAUGUAUUUAGAAUUAAUUUCCUACACUUAUAUUAAUUUUAGUUUUUAGAUUUUAUUAUAUUCGAUGUUGAAAAUUUUAAGAUUUUACGUUAUAAAGUAUCUUAAAUACAAUUUAAAAGUAAAAUAUUAUUAUUAUUAUUAUAUUAUUUCUUAUCGAUUGUAUCUUUGUUUAGAAUAUCGGAUAUAUUUUAUGAAUACAGAAAAUAAUAAUAGCAUAGUAGAUGUCUACUAUGUCUACAUGUACUUGUCGGCUUUUUAUAUUUUUAUAUAAUGCCAAAGCCCAAAAAGAAAAUACAUAAUAAAGGCAGUACGUUUUAACAUUUAACGGUUAGAAAAUCGCAGCCCAUCGCCGCAUAUUAUUUCUUACAUUUUUGGACGUGCUAUUUGACGAGGGCUAAAAUAUAGAAGGGGAAAACGACCCUUUUUAGGUUUGUACCCGUCUAAAUAAUAAUUCUAACGCAGUAUAGCAUAAUAUACGUACAUAUACGCAUUCACAUCUGCAAAAACUGAGUACGAAUAGGGUCUGACGAAAGUGGUAGGGGCCUUUCAUCAUUACCGGUAGAGUCAUUUAUCAACUAUUGCUGACUUCCUUUACAAUAUGCGUAUUAUCGUGAUAUUUCUUCUUUUUCCUUAAGUAUUCCAUAAGUACGUAAUUUUUAUACAGAAUGUCAUGUAGUUAAGGAUUGUUACAUGUUAAUCUAGUUACAAUAAUAUAAUUCAUAAUUAAUAAAAAAAACAUACAAUUUGUACUAUCUAUUUAAAACAUUUUAUUCAUAAAAAUAGUAGGUACCUAUUCUAUAAUUUAUUUUUACAGUAGAUACACAUAUUUGUUUAACUAUGUAGGUAUAAUUGAUUCAAAUAAUUUAAACGAAUUUCAAAUAAAUUAUGUAAUAAACAAUCUGCACAUUUCGGAUAAAAAUUAGCAUUUAAACGUAUUUCAUUCGUGUUGAAACUGCGCACAUACAUAUAAUAUACCGCGUGCAUGUGGCACAAGGAUCCGUCCUACUUAUAGUAGAUCACGGGUUUGUCAUCUGCUCAUGAUUUUACACCCACACGUUCCAAUACCGCCUCUAUUAUAUUUAUUAUUGUACGUUGUAACAUUGUCCCUUUUGCUUUGAACCAAAAAAAAAAAAAUCAACUGAGAAGGGGGAUUUAUUUUCUAUUAUCAUUUUUUCUUUUACGAUUCUCCGCCAGUGUACGUUGCAAAGCAUUUACCUGUGCCCCCGAGUAUAACACAUUAUAUAUUAUCCACCUUUUAUACAAAAAAAAAAAAAUAUAUAUAUAUAUACACCUAUAAAAAGAAUAUAACUCUCCAUUGGAGCCCAGCUAAGCCACAGCAGGUAGUUAAGUCGCUUGAUAUAACACCCGAACGCACAGUGCAUUUUUCCAUAUUUAUUUAGUAUCCGAGUCGGUUCAGUUUUAAACAGUUGUGCGAGGAGUUUUUAUCCGUCUUGUUAUAUUAGUUUAGUUUUGUUAUAUUAUCAUAUUGAUAAUACAUGUAAGCUAUUUAUAUAGUAAUAAUUAGUAAAAAAAAAACAAUGAAAUUACGUAGUUCGUAUAAUAUUACUCAAAUUCUUAACGAUGCUGCUGUUCUUUUCAGGUAAAUUACAAACAAAUAUUACACAUUUUUAUUAUUAUCGUUAUUAUAAACCCAUCAUAAAAUAUCUAUGUAAAUCUAAUCAAAUAUGUACCUGCUAUAUUAAUAUUAUAAUUUAACAAAAAUAAUAAUAUCUUGUAUUUCGUUUUAUUUUUUCAUUAAUAUUACAUGAUAAAUCGUAUAUUACAUAAAUUUUGUUUUCAUUGUAAUGUAUUACUAUAAUCUGUAUAAUUUAUUAUAAACAUUAGUCAACUAGUUGAAAAAUAAUAGAUAUCAUUACUAUAUACAUAAUUUUAGUUUAAAUAAAUAUAAUACUAUUCAUACGUUGAAAAUGGAUCAUUGGAAAAAUGUAAAUUUUAUGUGUCAUUUUUUAUUCUCUUUUAGUUAUUAAUAAGAAAAAAGUUCUCUAGAAUCUAUGAUGAAUAGUGAUUGUGAAAUUCGCGAAUUAAAAAGAUAUUAAUUGUUAAUUUUUUUUAAAAUACAGUUUACAAUCGUUUAUAAUACUAAUUUAUGAAAUAUAUUGGUAAUAAAUAAUUUCUGUACCAAAUCUUAUCCACGCAUAAUGUGUUAUAUUAUUAUUUUUUUCAACAAAUUGUACUUGAAUUCUUUAUGUUAUUAACUUAUUCGAUUGGGAACAGGUGCUUCAGGGUUUUUCUAGCUUAGCUCUAUUUCCGGAAGGUCGGAGGUUCUUUUUUCCGUUUGCCACCCAUGCAUAUGUGUAUAGUGUACAUACUGCAUAUUAUAAUAUUAUAUUGAAAUAUUUCUGGCACUAUAAUGUUAACCUUAGAGGUGCCAAAAAAAAAAAAAAAAAAACAAAACAAAACAAAAAAUAAUUACCUUUAUGAUGCCCGAAAUUAUUGAAAACCGUAUUAUCCAAUAAAGCGUUCGUCAAAAAUUGUAAUCUUGUAUAUAUAAAUGAAACAUGUAAGUAGGUAGGUAUCUUUAUAAUUUCCAAAUUUAAUCCAUAUAUUAUCUAUAGUUAUUGAACUACUACAGGGCGAUCAACAUAACGCAAAAACUUGAUAUCUCAGAAGGUAUUAACUUUUUACUAAAUUUGCUUUUUAGAAAGUUUAAGAGACAAGCAGCUCUAAAAUUUUACACUAUAUUUAUUUUCGUCAUCCUUAUUUUUGGGAGUGAAACCACUACCCGUCUUUAAUUUCCAAACAGCAACCUAAUACUGCAAUAAAAAUGCUAUAAAUAGAUGAAGUUGUAGAUUGAAUACAUUUUGGUGUUGACGUUUAUAAUUUCCAUCAACUCAUUGAAAAAAUGUUUUACUUUUAAAUUUGUCGUUUUGUGGAUAGGAAGAGAAUAGUGGAGUAUAGUAGUACUGUUUAAACGUCGUGCGCCGCGCUGCAACACAAAUAAUGUUCUAAUACUCUCCUCCUGCUCCAUAUGUCAUACUUAAAAAAUGGAAUAUCUAGUCAACGAGUUGACAGAAAUAAAAAAUGUCAACACCAAAAUUUAUUCAGACUACAACUUCAUCUAUUUGUGGAAUUUUUAAUAUUGAUUGCUAUUUGAAAAUCAAAGUGGGUACUACUUUACCCCCAAAAAUUAAGGUAACAAAAAAUAACAGUAAUGUAACGUUUAGAACUACUUGUUUCCGGAAAUACUUUUCGAGAUAAUGAGUGCCUUGAAUUUAAUUUGAGUGUCGCUUAAUUAAUGAGUUUCUUAAGAAUGUAAAACAAAAUAUAAUUUUUACGGGGGAUAAAAUAUUCUUAUUUUUUCAAGGAUACGGAAAAUAAUAAUACAGCCCUGUACUUUGAUUUUCUAUAAAGGCGCUUUAUAUGCUAAUUUUGUUAUUUAUUUGUAUUUAUUUUUGAUCUGUAUAUUAUGAAUUAUGAAUAUUUCCGUAAACUAGUUCACGGGGAGUCCUUAGGCUAUUUAGUUACCCUUGACACGGCAGUGCGCGGUCAGACAAUAAUACUUAAACCAGUGAAUCUUUUUAUGAUUACUUAUAAUAAUAUUGUACCAUAUUAUUGCUACCUAUAUGUAUUAAUAUAGGCCCAUCUUCGAAAUAUUGUAAUUCUACAAUACAAUAUUACUGUAUAAGUUGACGAUUUAAAGUGUAACAAGGCCGUAACCUCAUUUUUUAUUUAUUUGUAUAAUUUGCGGGGCCAUCAAAUGCGAGGGUCACCAGAUUACCUCAAAAAAAAAAAUAAUAAUAAUAAUAACACAUUUAUGGUUAAGUAGGUAUUUAUUUGUACAUGUAUGUCUUUUAAUAAAAAGAAAAAAAAAGUAGUAUUUUACAUUAUUAUAAUAUAUGUAUUUAAAAAAAAAAUAUUAGUAUUAACAAUAUUCGAUAAGUUGCAGUCAAUGUAAUAUAUUAUUGUAAUACAUAUAGCGUAUAUAUUAUGUGUACAAGCUUAAAGAGGUAGUUACUUCAACGAUUUGCCUAAAAUUGUAGUUUUUUAUAAAAUAUUGGUAUGUAGUUUCUGAAUGAAAAAUAAAAAUAAAAACAAUAUUUUAUUAAUUUUUUUUAAACUCCUAUCACCGUAUAUAAUACUAUAAUAUGUCUUUAUGAUAUAUUAUAUGAGAUCUUUUGUCAUAUAAUAUACUACCUAUGCAUUAUUGUACUUCGAGAAACCCGAAAUAUUGAAUGUUCCGUUCGCUCUUACUCCUUGACCUGUUAACCAACUUAAAAGAGAGGACGCGGUCGUAUUAUGAAAAACCAAACGACCGGCUCCAAUUAACCGACAUUGGUGGUUUCUCUUUCUCUCUCAUCAUCGUACUCAUUCCCUUCUUCACAUCUUAUUAGAUAUAAAGGUACUUAUUAGUUUUGCAAGGUGUUUUAAAUCCAAAUGAACUGAUUUUUAUUUUUAUAAUUGAUUAUAAUAUUUGUAUUUACUUCCUAUAUGUCUCGAACUGUUUCUUACUUGUGUACUUACGCGUCCAAAUAUCGUGUUUAAACGAAUUUCAGAAUUUCCAUAACUUUGUUGAUGAAUAUUAUAUAAAAAAAAACUCUUUGUUUAAAAUGUUAUACAUAGAUUUUGUUUUGUUCAAUAUUUCUCUGCUUGAAAUCAAAUAUAUAAAAAUACAUGUGUAUACAUGUAUUCGUUUGAUAGUAAUAAAAAACAUGUUAUACAACUCUAUUUUUUAUAUUAAACUAACCUGUUGUAAUUUUAAAUGAUUAUCGGAUAAUGUCAACACGCACAUUUUCACUUAGAAAAAUGAGGCUAAAUCCUAAAUCAAAACUACAAUUUUUUAAAUUUAAAUUAAUUAUAUACAUAGUUAAUUUUAAAAUUGUACUUGAGAUCCUAUAUAAUAUUUUUUUGAUAAACUCUGUAGUUAAUUUUGAUAACAGAAUUUAAAUCUAUUUAUUUUUUUAUUGAACAAAUUGAAAAUCUAAAAUUGUGUAAAAACUUUAGUAAAUCGCCUUUAUACUUCUAGGUAUUAUAACAAUAAAAUUUAUUUUGUAUAUUAUAUUAUGUACUUUGGCUUAUAUUAUGCCGUCGACACAUUUUCAACAGUACGUUAUCAUCAUAAUUAUUAUGAUGAUAGGAAUUAUUUAUGAUUCAUAAAUAAUUUCCGAUUAGGUUAUAUUAGGCAUAUUUAAUUUUGUAUGUUGUAUUAUAUAAAACCUUUCAAUAUAGAGCAGUAGUUUUUUUUUUUAGUACGUAUAUUAAUCUGUCAGUUUGAGUGAUUUAUGUUCAGUGUAUUAAUUUAAAUAGAACGCAUCGAAACUUUAAUUUUUUGAGAGAAAAUAGAAAUUUAAACAAAAAGUAGGCAUUGAAAAAAAAACAGUGAACGCUCCUAAUAUAUUAUAUAUUGAAUGACACAAUUGAUAAGCAUGAAAUUGAGUAAAAUUACAUUUGAUUAGGUACAUUUUCUUUAAUAAUAAAUAUCAAAAUAGCAGUAUAUACUUUAAUAGUAUUAUUUGUCAGAUGUCAGCAGCAACGUACGACUAUAUUCCUAGUCAAUUAUCUAUGAAAUUACAUUUUUGAGGUUAGGGGCGUUAUAUUGAUUGUUUCGUUGAGCCGUUUAACCGUUUUUGUAAUGGUUUUUAUUCUAUUGGAAAGGAAGGAAGUAAUCGGUUAUAUAUUAUUAUAAUAUACUCGUAUAUUGUAGGAGGUUUAAAUACGACGAGGCCGUGUGCCAUUUAAUAUAUAAAAUGUACAAACGUUUUUCGCCCUAGUCCGUCAGCUCCUUGACCCGCUAAAGAGGUAGUCACGUCAACCGGUUCAUAUUGCAUUGUUCCAAUUUAAUUUUUUUUCCUAGUCGCAUGUCUGUGUGUGUGACGUGUAUGUAGGCUAUUUUUUCAAACUGUCAAUGAGGUAUUACAAUAAUUGCUUAUAUUAUUUUCGUAUAUACGAGUAUGUACUCUAUGUAUAAAGAAUAUUAUAUAUGAUUUUCGUAUUUUGUUAUUGCUCUUGAUUUACAAAACAAUACAAAAGUGUUGUAGUGAUGAUAAACGUCCGCGUUGUGCAAUAACCAGACCAAAAUAUUAAAUCGUUUUUUUUUUCUUUUAAUUUAAACAUAUUUUUUAACAAUAAUUCCAAUGUUUUUUGUUUGUAAUAUACUGGCGAUAACACUAUAAUAAUAUAAUGGUCGGUACUAUUGUUAUCAAAUUUCAAGUAUUUAACAUUUUCAAUAUUUGGACUAUACCGACUGCGUGUCAAUAACAAACACUUUAGAAUACCAUAUAUAGUGUUCAUAUUAUUCCAAAAUUUUAAUAGAGCUGGUCUAGCCUAUAGCUAACGUAUAGUUAAUCUAGAAGUAAAACGCAUUAUAAUAUAAUAUUUAUCAAUCGUUACCUAAAUUAUAUAGUUUUAAUCAUUAUGAUAUUACGAGUAAUACACUAUAGUACAAUGAUUUUAUUACAAUUAUUGUUUUAAUUGUGUACACAAAAAAACGCAUUCGUUUUACGCGAUUAUAAUCGAAAAUAUUAUAAAAAAUUUGUUUUGAAAUAUUAACUAAUAAAUUCUUACUCGGUACUAUUAUAUUAAGCUCUAUAAUAAGCAGUCGGUGAUUCUAUUACGUAAUCAAAUGUAUAUUUCCUAACCUAGUAGUAUUUUGUUAAUAAUGUAAAUAAUACUGCAGUUGACUACAGAUGAGCACCAUAGAAAUCAAUUAACGACACUAUGUCACAAAAAUCCUUCUUAUCUAGAGAAAACUACAUAAUUCGAGUAUAAUCAAUAAUCAUGCUCAAAAAAAGGACUUUUCAUAUAAAAGUUUAUACUUUUUGCCAUCCAUGCAUUUAUUAUACACUGGAUUUGGGUUUUAAUGCUUUUAAAAUAUACAUCAUAUCGCGAAUAUGGAACUAAGUCAAUGUUUGUAAAAAUGUCCUACUCGCAUUAUUCUAUUAUUAUACUUCUGCGGUAUAAUAUGCGAUAAUUGCGGUAUCUGCUGUAAAAAUCAUCGCAAAAUUUAUCGCGAAACAAUCGCUUGAAAUACGUACGAAUAAUUGUAUAGUUCCAUUGUUGUUAUAAGUAUUUGAGAUGGGUAUACUAAAAACAUAUCGAGGACAGGACGACGGUCCGUUUCGUUAUUUUAUCCGUUCGACCGGGCGUGCGUGUGCACCGUUAAUCUGGUUUACCCGUGUGUUUAUUUCUCAUUAUACAUAUGUACGCGAACUGUACCGCCGACACGACUAGAAGUAAAAAAAUAUAUAUAAUAGUAAUAAAACAGCUAACCGCCGCCGCCGUCAUGCCGUCGGCACAAAUAACGGCACGUCGUUUUAAUAAUAUCCGCAUGCGGUUAACGGAAACGCAACAGGUCUUAUAGGCGAUGAUAGUACGGCAAAUGAUAAUGGUAUAGGUAUAAGGCAUCCAUCCAUUAUAAAGCUGACGAUUUUUCGUUUUGUAAGUUUAAAUAAGUCAAUAUUCAACUAUUGUAACUUAAUAGUUCGCAGUUGGAUAUCGACGGUUUUUUUCCUUUUAAUUUAAUCGCGCGAUAAAACAAAAGACGUUUAUUUGUACAGAUAGGUAGAUAGUGCAAUAAUAAUAUUAUAUUUUAAUAACGACGAUGACGGUCCCAGUAUAAAUGUCGAUCUCCCGUUUGACCUUGUGUUACUAAGCUUGUGUUGUUUAGUACGAGUGUUUGGAAGAAGGGACGGCGGCGUUUUUUCUAGAAAAUGUUUGUUCAUGUACACACUACACAGUAGGUGUACAUACUAUUUACCUGCGCGUUUUAUAUGACUUAUAAUAACCAGAGCUCGGAGCUUGCAGCCCUUUAAUUUACAAAAAAAAAAAUUACAUAAAAACAAUAUUUAAAAAGCAAAAACGGGUUUAAAACUCCUAUUCCUUCUAAAUGUUCCAACUAAUACAAUUGUACGUAUUGUAAAAAAAAAAGUGUUUUGUGUUAAUCAUUUCCGUAUCGUUAAAAAGUCUAAUUUUAUAAGUUAGAGCUGUUAGACUUUUAAAGCGAUUCGUAUAGAAUUUAAUUGCUAAAAGUUCCGAGCCCUGAUCAAUGUUAUUUUAAUAAAUCCGAUUUAAUAUACCCGAUUUCUACACACGCAUUAAUAAUAAUAUAUACGCGACGGAACAAUUUGCAGCAGUUUUCGAUAUCGGUUUUGAAUUAUUCGUCGUGAACCCCCGCUUUCUAAUCGUUUCUCCAGAGCGUAUAUAACACAAUAAUUAGACAACAACUGAUUUCACUCGGCGAUGCCCAGGCGCCUCGCCGCUUCCUGUCCAGCGAUAUAAUAUUUCCACGAUUUCUCGAUUUUCUAAACCACACCGAUCGCGCACGCUUCUUUUAUGCAAUCGUCGACUAUUAUAAUACGAAAUUAAUUUGAUAUUUUUUUUUUCCUCCGGUCGUUUUACACCUGACAAUACACGCUGUAUAAUAUAAUAUAUUACGACAUCGUAGCGAAUACAAACGAUAAUCCUGUGCACGUAAAACAUAAUAAUAUAAUAUUAUGACCAACAUUCGCCUUAGCCUUUUGCUUAUGUAUUUGUUUUUCAUUAUUAUUAUUAUUAUUAUUUUUUUUUUUCUUGGCUCGACAUAAAAUCUAUAGUAGGAUUAUGAAAAUAUUUUGUGUCACGCUACAACGAUUUCAAAUAUACCUAUUAAAUAAAAUUUGAAAGUGCCCGUUUCCGAUUUGUUUUUUAUGUAUGUAUAUUUUCUACAUUAUUACGGAUUUUUUUUUUUUUCAGUAUGUGUGUUUAUGUAUAUUUAGAACUAAAAUAAACAACAAUUUCGACUUUGUAUUAUCAGUAUUAUACACUUCACCUACAGAUCGUUAAUACACUAGGCGUAACGAGGAUUUUUAACUUUCCCGGGGUCCAACUCGGCUUUCAAAAUACCUAUUCGUAUAUAUUAUUUUGGGAAACGUCCUCGGGCAAAAAGAUCUGGAAUAAGAACUAAACCCUGUCCCUUAAUAGUUACGCCGAUCAAACGAUUAAUUUAAAAAAAACAAAAAUCGUGGUUGUGGUGAAAACUCAACGUGGAAGGAUAUGGCCCUGACCCCGCUCCCUUGCGUUAAUGCUAUAGGUAUACGCACAACGCAACGAUAUGCGCCGUGUACUCUCAAAUAAUUUAUUAAACAAACAAAAUUAGUUACAAAUAUGGAAAAAUUCGCAAUUUUCUCGUCGAAUGCUUUAUUUCGAUAAUUUCAAUUUGAUGUUUGUGUAAUUAUUGAUAUAAAUAUUAAAUUUUCCUAUACACAGUAGAUGCCAAUAACCCGUAAGCGAAAUUAUAUUAUAAAGUAUCUCAUGUGAGACUCGGGAUAAUAUAAUAGAUACGUAUAGGUAUGCUCUCGAAAAAAUUGAUGGGAACACCGCGUCUUGAUGGCAUACGAAUGAAAAUCACGCGGAGUCCAACGGAGCGGGCAUAAUAUCAACACCGGCCAUUCGCGGUGCACUGGCACCAGGGGUUAUUGCGCUGCUGAAAUUCCGUAUAAUAAUAAACGAUUCGUCGUGCGCAUUAAAAUAUACCAAAUGAGCUAAUGUUGACGACGCGUGCGAUGUGCUGAAGUUCCGGUGUAGCCGAAGUUUGGCGGUCCAUCUCUCGGCGGCUACGACGACGGUUGGACGGCGUCGUUGUACGUUCUUGAACCCAACGCGCGGCGAAUCCUCGGCGACCCGCCGCCGCUAUGAAACCGCCCGGAUGUCUUUGACCGGGCGCGCGUGGCAGCGGUAGCGGACAAAGACCGACCGGUUCAUCGGGAUGUCAUCCUCCUCUGCGCGGCGGCCCGCGUGGUCUUCUUCUCAGUUCAACAGUUCGCCGCGGCGGCGUGCGUAUAGUUUUUAUAUAAGAGGUGAAUGACUUCUGGACCGAGACCAAUAUUAUUAUGUAUUAUACAUACAUAAUAUACAGGGCGAUUAUUUUAUGACGCUAUCCGGCGAUUUUCUCCCAACAAUGUUUUUAUAAACGAAUUUGGAUUUAUAUGGUUUUUUUUUUUCAUUGUUAUCGUUAUAAUAAUGUGGAUUCGUUAGAUACUUGUUUCGACACUGUUUUCGAAUUCUCACCCCAACGUAUAUACUUUCAAUGGUUAUUAAUUACAGCGCACGUUCGAUUUUCAAACGGUUACCUCCCCGUCACAAUGACAUUUCCAACGUGAAUUCGAAUUAGUUCUAAACAUUCUGAUAGUUGUCCUUAUAUUAAAAUGUUUUGGCCAUUUUUUUUUUUUUUUACGGUCUACAUUUUCGUCCGACUUUAGUGUUACGCGUAUCGAAAUGUCUAGUAAAACGUUGUUUUCGAAUUUGUGUAUUAACAGUGAUUGAGGGAGCGGGGGGAGGGGGUACUAUUUGAAAAUCAAAAGUCGGUAUUUUUCAUACGGUGUGCUGAAGUAUAAGAGUGAUAUUUUAAAUAAAAAUUUAAAAAAAAAAUUAUUGUAAACGAGGUCGACGAAUUCUGUAGCGACUGUACAAUGAUGAGGAAAAAAAAACCAAAAUCGAUAUUACUAACUCUUCGUAUGUAUAGAAAAUCGCUGAAUCGCGAUAAAAUAAUCACCUUGUACACAUGUUCUCCCACGGGGGCCGCCGCUAUCGCGUGCACGCGCCGUUAUUAGUAGCGUCGUCGUCUAUAUAUUAGCUUUAUAUAUUCUCCUAAGUACCUAUACGAGAAUGCUGCUGCGCGACGUGCGUGUGUGUGUGUAGGAUUUGGCAUGUGUACAAAAAAAAAAAUAAUGUGUAAAAAAAAAAAAAUUUAGAUCGGUACCGUGAGAGUGAAGAGGGCGGAGGGGUAGGUAUUGCUAUGCGUUGUGUAUAUAUUAUAGCGAAAUGGUGCAAUUUUCUUUCGUCGUCGCCGGUCGUUUCUAUUUCGGGCACGCGUCUGAUAAAGUUUUCGCAAACAACGAAAAGUAAAAAAAAAAAAAAACGCUUUUUAUACAAAUCCGUUCGUUAUAUAUAACAAAAAAAAAAAAAAAACUAUUCUACUAAAUUUAUUGCACACACGCGACACACAUCACACUUCCCCGCGUUUGUUUUCUGUGCAGUCGUUUACCAAAGCGUGAACAUUUUAUAACCGUUUCGAAAAAGGUUUACGUACAAUAAUUAUUGUUGGACAAAUUCAAUUGUAUUCUAUAUAGUAUACUAUAAUCGAUAUACCUAUUUAUUUUACUUAAUGUAUAAUUUCAACAGUUCUUAAAUAUUAUAAUAUAUUUUCGAGGUUAUUUAACGUGAUCGGUUCUGUUUUGAAAAUUGUAAAUAUCACUCGAUUAUUUUCGGUGAAUUCCCCCUCCCCCUAGAAAAAAUAAAACAUAACACCCGAGUAUUUUGGUAUCCAUGGUAAUAACCUUUGGUAUACGUUUGUAUUGUAGGCAUUACAUUUUUUGAAUUCCACAAUACCAGUGUGAUAUUUCGAGUAUUCAAUGUAUUAUAUUUUCGUUGUGUCUGCAAAGAACAUUUCUAUCACAAAUUUCAUUCCAAUCAGAAAACCAAUUUUUCUUUCUAGAGAAAUUGUUGUUUUGUUGGAGCAUUUUUUUUUUUUUUAAUUAUUUUUUAACGUACAGAUAUUACGCUGCAUUUAAUUGUAUACAGUUUAAAUUUGUUAUCGCAUGAAUAUCAUAUAGAUGUAUAGAGGAAAACAUCAAACGUUUUUCUUUAUAAUAAAACAAACCGAUCUUAGCCCCUCCCCGGUGUAUUAGUAUCUUCUAUGUUGUAGUAAUUAUUUAUCGUGGCGAACCGCCGAAUAGGUUAUUCAGCGCAUUACCUAGGUACAAGGUUAAAUGCAAAACAAAUAAUAAUAAACAGCGAACACUGUACUCUAUAGUAUUAGCACUUGAACAUUUUUUUUUAUUUUAAUAAUAUAAAUUUUCAUUUGUUUUCCGAACAUAAAAAAUAUUAGAUUAUAAUAACUAACGAUGGACACAUCCGAAUAAUUCGGCUGAGUUCCCGUCACUUGUAUACCUUUAAUGCGUCUUUAAUAUCGAAUUUAAUUAUUAAAUUCUUAGAGUUCACGCUGACAUCCAUAGAUCCUGUAUAAAUUAAUAUUAUUCCGUGUUUUUUUUUUUCUAAUUUUAUAUAUCAAUAAUGUUAUAAUUUGUGUAUAGAUAUAUUAUACUAACUAAUAUCUCGCGCUGAUAUACAUUAUAAUAUUUUUUAUUUUAUUAUUAUUAUAAACUAUAGAUUAUAUAUUUUUAUCUCUAAAAUAUUGUAAUUGAUAAUUAUAGUAUUGCCAAUAAAAAUAAUAUUAUAAUUAAUUUAUUACGAUCGCACAAAUUGACGAUUAACAAUAAUUAAUUAAUAACGAUUCUUAUCAAAAUAUAUUAAUAUAUUAUUAUAUAUACACCGCCUCGAACAAGUCAAGUCUUAUCACAUAUUAUUAUUAUUAUCUAUUGAGUAAUAAACAGAUUAUAAUAACGCGAAUAAUUACUGCGCAUAUCAUUAUUAUUAUUAAACUUACCUAUUACAAAUAUUAAAAAUUUAUCUUUUAUGUUGCUCUAAAACAACAUUUAUAAUAAUAAUUGAUAAAAAAAAAAAAAAAAAUGGCAUUAUAAUAUUUUAAAACAAACAACUCUAUCUCGAACGGUUAUUUUUAAUUUUAUUUUUCAGUUCUGAUACAUAAGCGUUAUUGUUUUGUUAAAAAAUAAAAAAAUGUCUGUAUGCGUAUAUUAUAAAAUUAAUAUUUCUCCUGUGUAUUUUAAUUGUCUUUGAUAACAAGUUUAGUAUAGUCAACAAAUAGGUACCAAAUAAAUAAAAUGCGCCAUAUUAAAAAAAAAAAAAAAUGCAAACAAAUCUCCCGAUCCGCGGAUAAAGUACUCGAAAUCAUGACAAAUUGUAAAGUUGUUUUUAUUAUAUUUUACAUCUGUACUACUUGAAUAAUGUACUUGCGUUUUGCAAUCCAUGGUUCGCGUUGAAUGGGAAUAAACAUGGUAAUUAUUAUUUAUCGGUUAUUGCAACUCGUGUGUAAAUAUUCGACAAAUAUUGUAUGCAGAUGGGUGCUGCGUAUUUUGUCCAGUUCAAUUAUUAUGAUAAAUGAUAAUAUUUUAUUGCAUACAAAUAACGAAAGUCCGCAUUAAUAGACUAAUACAUGGAUAUUACACCGAAACAGUUUAUUUUUAAAUCAUAUUUGUGUAACGAUUUUAUGUAUAAAUGUGUGUGAGAGAAAAACGUUUUGGCAGUCCUGUCUCCUGAAAGUUUGGUUAGGUUUGUUCGGUAUUGUGCCCCUAAAUGUGCAUCCCCGUUCGAAGUUUUUCCCAUUUCAACCACUGCAGCCAUAUAUUAUGGGCAUCGCAGUUAGCGAUUCGAUAUUAAUGUGAAUAUUUUUAUAAGUAAUUUUUGUUUUCGUUUGUUUUGUAGGCUGCCGGUGGUGAGUGAUUGCUCGCCGCAGCAGACAGCCAGAGUGUCGGUGGCGGCGGGUUCAUCAGGAUCGGUGAGCGUGUCCGCAACGGCUACCGCGGCGGCCGCCGCCGCUGCCGCGGCCGGUGCCCCGAGCAGCAGCACCAUGUCCGUUUCCCGGGUACCGAGCCCGCCUCCGUCGUCCGAGGCGAACACGCCCGUGGCGGAAAAUUGGUGCUACACUCAGGUAAGACCCUCCGACGUACACGAAAAAAAAAAAAAAAACAUUAUAUGCGAUAUUAGAAUAUUGCAACGUUUAGUUCCUUUUUUUUAAAAUUAUUUUACUACACAACGACGGUGUUUCUGUAAGUUAACCGUUAGCGUUUGGCAUAUAUAUAUAUUAAUGUUAUAUUAUCUAGGUAUAGAAUGUCGGGCGAAAAAAAAACGGUACUCGGCAACCAAACUAGGUUUUUUUUUUAUUUUACACACACACAUCACAAUGGCGAUUAUUAUCGCGCGCAAAAAGUAAUGUUAUUCGGUAUUGCCACUAUUAUUAUUAUUAUCGUGUCAUUGUUGUCGGUCAUUAUAUUAUUAUUAUCAUCAUCAUCGCCGAGUCCUCUGAGAAAAUGCGUCUCCCGUUAUAAAACGCGCCCGGGUUGUACGCGUCGAGUAUACCGACACCGCUGACUACGACGACCGCCCGACGUCGACGCUCGCCAGCCAGGUGAACGUCCUUACCCUUGGAUGCGUAUAUUUAUACGUGUGUGUAGUAUGCGUGAACAGCUUCCCGGGCGGCAAAGUUCGUUGGCCCAACGGACCUCCGGAGCCGUUGGCCUCUGUGUGUCGGUGGCGGCGGCGGCCACGCCUAUUAUUAUCAUCGUCGUUACAGUAAUGUAAUAAUAUUAUAAUAUCCGUCCGAAAUGUACACAUCAUCGACGUAAACGGAAUUAUUACUAAACAUUUUAUUGUAGGAAGCGAAAAAAAAAAUCGUAAAAAAACAAAACCAAAAUUCAAUUAUUAUAAUAUUAUUAUUAUUAUCGUUUUUGUGGUUUCUCCCCUCGUAUCCGCGUUUAUUAAAAUACGCGUAGGUAUUGUACGUCCGAUCCGAGAAACCCAUCGAGACGGUGGCAGUUUCGUCAACGUUGUCACGUGCCCUUCAAGGACGCGUACAUUUUAGAGGUUAUGAGCGCGUGAACGCGCUAAAAGCGUGAGAGGCGAUAUCGGCGGCGAGGCAUCACGGCGACCGCGCAUCGAUCCUAUGCCGCUACGACCCUUUCGGAAUUGAGCUUGCGGGGUAUGGGAGCCACGCGUCGAGCCUCGCAAACUGAAAGUAGAAUAAUAUCGUAUUUGUGGAAACGAGUGGGCGGCGACGGCGGCGGGGCGGACGAAGCUGUUUUUGCGCUCUGCGGAUCUCGCCGCCACCGCCACCGCCACCGCCACCGCUGCUGCUGCUUCACACCAGCAGCGACCGAAUCAAUAACCGCGCCCUUACCGUUUUCGACGGCGCCCGGUGGCCCAAAGGCUAAAAGUUCGAGUUCAAAAGUUCGUCUCCCUCUGCGCGUUCUGUAUGGGUCACGAAGAAAAAAUACUAUAUUUUCCGCGGCUUCUCUCGUGUACAGUUACAGUGUCCGGUGUCGGGCGGGCGGUACGCCGUUCCUAUAUUUUAGCGGGCAAAUCGUGUCUGAUGCGCGUGCGCCCGCGCCCUCACCAGUGUGCGUGUGACGAACGCAUGACGGGUCGCGCACAGUACACACCCCUCUGACGCAGCGCUCCUUUUUAUCUAAACUAUAUUUAAACGCCGACGGCGGUGUUCAGGGUCAGUCGUGGGCCCAUCAACCGUGAUGCGUUUAGGAACCCCUGCGCAGUUCGACCUAUCGGUCGUCGACCCAACGACUCCCUUAAAACGAGCGGGUGCGACCCAAAAUCAUUUCUACGUCGUCGCUGGAAAUUAUUAUUUUUCCCCUGUUUUGUCCGUUACUGUGGGGGCCGACAUACGCGCGUAGACAGCACCCGUAGUAGUUGUAGUAGUACUAUAAUAAUAUAGUUGUAGACAUAUUAUAUUAUUAUUAUAUCGGAUACGCAACGAACACAAUAAGUCUUUCCGGUACCUCUUCUCCGCACGACCCCUCUUCCCUCCCUCCUCGCUCACCGAUAACAGUCGGUUACCGCCUGACAAGGUCAACGGUAGCGUCGCGUUGUCGUCAUCAUCGCCGUGUGUGUGCGUUGGGUUUAGAGUACAUUGGCCUUGGUGCGUUAGACUCGUGUGUGUGUGUGUGUGUGUGUGUGUGUGGCCGUGCUGCACUGUGUGCGCGCAUGUGUGUAUGUGUGUUGGCCCGAAAGAAAAAGCGCCCGCUCUAUGAUACGGUGCGAGGGGGUGGGGCCGUUGACCGGCGCUAUUUUCUUCACCAGCGCCCGCCGCCGCGCAAUAACCGUCCUCAUCGUUAUCCGCCGCCCGCCGUAACCGUCCCCAUCGCUCCUCGUCGUUCCCCGCCAUCGCUCCGUUCGGCUGCGGAGGCGGAGGAUGACCCCGACUAAACUAGCUCGGAGCAGUCAAGGUCGCCCGACUCUUUUGCGGGCCCUUUGUGCAAUGCGUGCGUUCGUAUUCGCCCGGACGCGCGCGCGCGCGGGCACGCAUUAUUUUUGCCCCGCCCGCCGUCGCUAUGUUUGUCUAAAUUGAUUUAACGUCACACGAUAAUACAAUCGGCCAUAUACGCACUUUAUCACGACACAAUUAUUCUAAUUAAUAAUGUAAUACUGCAGUAUACAGUGAAAUCCUCUAAAUAACGAACACACAUCUCGGUCAUCGGAAUUCCGUCCGCUAUUCGGAGGUUGGAAAAUCGCCCGUUAUAUAAAUGAAUGCAAUAUAAAAUAAGUACCAAUAUUAUAAUAAAUAAUAUUCCUUCGAAGCGCUGCAGCAUUUUUUGCAGCUCGUUAUUUUUCGUUGUCAGCCGAUAAAAUAUUGCCGCCGCUAAAUACGAGCGUUGUUUUAUUCGCAUCUGAUCGCGUCGCCUAUUUUUGCGGUUUUAUCUGUUCGAUCGAAAAAUGAUUAAAAAUUCGUUUUCACGCCACCACCGACGCUGCGCGCUUAGUGAACACCGCGAAACCGUUCCGUCAACCGGAUGACCUUCUUUUCGUCCGACGCAGACUUCAAAAAAAAAAAGGCUGCAUUAAUUGUAUUAUUUCUAAUCAGUGACUCCCUCCCCUUCCUAGUAUUUUUUUGAUGAAAUUAAUCGUUUUGAGAACGCGUCGGCGUUGUUAUAAUAAUAUUGUUAUCGCAGACCGAUAAUUUUUUUACCGCUAAAUACAAAAAAAAAAACUGAAUAUUAUAUAAUAUUAUGCUUCGGUAUGUAUAACGAAAUUAAAUAUUUUUUAUACGUUCCUCGUAUAACCGAACACAAUUAAAUUUGGGUCAAGGCAUCAAAUUCAAAUGUUUUUAUUGAUAUUAUAUUGUUAUGAAACUAUAACAUUUGUUAUAUUUGUACUGUGCCGCAGCCUAUAAUAAUAAAUUAGCUCUGCAGCAACGGUUUUAGUCAUCGUUGACUUAUCUCUAAACUUCUUUUUUUUUGUUGCGUUUUGUAUUUACAAGCAAGCCCCGGUGUGCAUUUAUUUUAUUUUUAUUCUAGAUGCCGGGCGUUUUAAUAAUGUGUGCCUCCCCCUUCCCCUCCCCCCGCCGUCUUUUAGGACAAUAUUUUUCUGUUAUAAUUCUCGGUCCAAUGGUCAACUUCAGGGAGCGGCUUCCGGUAGCGUAUUUCGCCUGAUCGAGCGGAGCCGUUUUCGAUUUUUUUUAUUUUAGUUUUCCUAUAAUAAUCGUCGAAAAAACGGAAAUAUUUACGCAACGACGGUUUUGAUUUUUUUUUCGGUUUAAUUCGGCAAAAAGUUAAUCAUAGACAUCCGAGAAUUUUAACGUAUAUUUAUAUUAGCACUUUCUUUAGGCACAGUACACUUUUCAAAACAUUCAACCCUUUUUUUCAGUUAUUUAUAGUUAUUUGAAACAGUCCGGUUUUUUUCACGUUCAAAUUUUUUAUGUUACCUUUUAUUCAAUGCCCAUUAAAAAUGCAACGUAUUUGAACAAUAAUAAUAGUGUUAGGAAGAACCAAAGCGUAGAGUGCAUUCCUUUUCAAAUAUAUAGUAACGAAAAACGGGAAAGAGUUCCUGUUCAUAAGGAUCGUGAAAUCAAAAUUCCGUUUCUAUUAUGAAAAAAAAAAAAUGUUUAACGAUAAUAUUGUCGGGAAAUUAUUUAUUGUUGUUAUCACUUCGUCAGUUACUAAUACUAUACCACAAUAUAUUAUUACAAUAAUGCUGUCCCUAAUUUUCCAUUUUUACUAACAUACAAGGUUAUCAUGAACCACAAUAAUAUUAUAUAGGUACUUGUUUAACCGUGAUAUAAACGGUGUCUUGGCGAUAAUAGUUUAAAAUAAUAAUAUUAUAAAGGAAUGAUUUUCAAGUAGACGUCCACACGUGCGCAUAGGAUAGAUCGCAUACCAAACGCAUUAAUUGUUGGUAGUUCGUCUACCGUAUCCCACAUAGCAAUCGGAAUUUUUCAAUUCGCAUUUUCGUAGCGAGCGGACAAGCAGAAACUUGAUUAUUGGCCGAAGAAGAAGGAACCAGUACCUAAAUCAACAAAAAAUGACUGUCGGCGGUUGUGUGUCCACUUAUCGACUAUCCGUUACCGACACACGUCGGAAAAGUUGUUUCUCCGAGAAUUCACAUCGACAUUGCCGACUGGCCAAUGCGUGCGAUCCGUUUGCCACGGAUUAUUGGACGCACUUGUAUAACUUACAAUGUAAAGAAUUCUAAAAAUCGUUUGAUACGAUCAACCAAACUUAUGGACGUCUACGAGUUUCUUUUUAGCAAUAGACGAGGAACGGGAACGGAUUCCUUUUUAAAAAGAACUUUUCCAACCCUUAAUAACAAUGAUGUUUCUAUACUACAUAUGGUUAACAAAUUACGGGUUUUGCCAUCUAAUGGACAGUUUAAGUUUAGGUUAGGUUAAGUCGUACCAAAUAUUUUCCGUGCUUGUUUUUUACGUAUCGUGUUUCAAUUUUCUAAUAUAAGCUUAAACACAGGAUUAUUUUUAUUAUAAUUUUCCAAAACAUAAGUUUAGAAUAAUAUUUGUGUUAAGAAAAAAAAAAUAGACAUUUCUAUAGGAUUAAAAAUCUUUAACAACACGAAUAAAAUUGUAUACGAAUAAAAUUAAAAACACCUUUUUUAACAGAAUUUCGCUCAGAAUAUUGUUUUGUUUAUAAUCAUGUACUAUCGUCAAUACAGAUAUAAAUUAUACCAUAAUAUAUCCUACCUACCUAACUUUUUGUUUAUAUUUUUAUUACAGGUAAAAGUCGUGAAAUUCAGUUAUAUGUGGACGAUCAACAACUUUAGUUUUUGUCGCGAAGAAAUGGGUGAAGUUUUAAAAUCGUCCACGUUUUCCGCCGGCGUUAAUGACAAACUAAAAUGGUAAUAAAAUUGAGAUUGCUGUUAUUUUUUAUUUUAUUUUUUUUACAAGUUACAAAUGAUCAAAACAUGACAAUGACAUACUAAUAGUGCUUUUUUAAAAAUUGUUUAGGUGUUUGCGGGUGAAUCCUAAAGGAUUAGAUGAAGAAAGCAAAGACUAUCUGUCUUUGUAUUUAUUACUAGUUUCAUGCAACAAGACUGAGGUUAGAGCAAAAUUCAAAUUCUCAAUAUUAAACGCCAAACGAGAAGAAACCAAGGCCAUGGGUAACUAUUAUUAACAAUAUACCUAUUGAAAUACAGUUUUACAUGUUCCCUCGCAUUUUCCUAUUAAGUAUCUAUAUAUCUAUGUACUAAUUUUAUAAUGAUUUUGUAAUAUUUAGAAAGUCAAAGGGCCUACAGAUUCGUACAAGGAAAGGAUUGGGGGUUCAAAAAGUUUAUUAGACGUGAUUUUCUAUUGGACGAAGCCAAUGGCCUUUUACCCGAUGAUAAACUUACCAUAUUUUGCGAGGUAUAUUUAAAAUUAUAUUUUGUUUACAAAUUAAUAUUUAUUAUUUUUUUUUCAACAUGCCGUUGUCUUAAAUUUCUUUUUUAAAUUCUAUACCAGUGCUUAUACUGAUUAUAACACCUAAUAACAUUGAUCGAUGGCGAUUGUAAAAAAUAAUAAUGAUAGUAAUAAUUAAAUAAAAAAUGACAUGAAUAAUGACUUGAUAGAUGGCUCGUUUGCAGGUAAGUGUUGUAGCUGAUAGUGUCAACAUAUCUGGCCAGUCCAACGCAGUUCAAUUCAAAGUGCCCGAAUGCCGUUUGCCUGACGACUUAGGAAAUUUAUUUGAAAUUCAAAAAUUUAGUGAUGUUACGUUAUCUGUUAGUGGACGAGAAUUCCAAGCGCAUAAAGCUAUACUUGCUGGUAAUUAUUAUUGAUCGCAUAUGCUCGUUAUUUAUAUAAAAUAUUACUAUCUAUAAUAAUAUUAAAAUAACCAAAUUGUGUUUGUUUAUAGCAAGAAGUCCUGUGUUUGCUGCGAUGUUUGAGCACGAGAUGGAAGAACGAAAACAGAAUCGUGUCGCCAUAACAGAUGUAGAUCAUGAGGUUCUCAGAGAAAUGCUCAGGUUUAUCUACACUGGUCGAGCAGCCAAUUUAGAAAGGAUGGCAGACGAUCUAUUAGCAGCAGCGGACAAAGUAUGCAAAGAAACCGUUUAUACAUUUUCCAAAAUGAAUAAUAAUAUUGUUUACUUUUAAAAGUGCAUACUGACACUAUUGUUUUGUUUCUUUAACAGUAUGCUUUAGAAAGGCUAAAAGUAAUGUGUGAAGAAGCACUCUGUAACAACUUGUCGAUAGACAAUGCAGCCGAUAUAUUAAUAUUGGCCGAUUUACACAGUGCUGAUCAACUAAAAGUACAAACCAUCGAGUUCAUUAAUACGUAAGUAUACCUAGUAUAUUAACUUUUUAACAUUUUUAUAGUGAGAGGUAUGUAGACUAUCUAUUAUUUGAAGUUGUGUGAAAUGUCAAAAAUCUAUUUAAAAUAUAUAAUAUACAAAAUGGAUGGGGUUAUGAUGAUUCUAUGGGUGGUUUUUUUAUGUUGACGUAAUAUGACUAAUAGAGCGGUACACAAAAUACUAUUUAUAAAAUAUAAUUUGCUUACUACAAAAUAACAUACAAAUAUUAGCAAAAAUUAAAAUAUUUAACAAAACACAUUUUAUAUAUGUUUUUUUUAAAAACAUUAACCUAUCUAUUUAAAAUUAAAAUAUAAAAUAUUGACAGAAUAUAAACUAAAAUACAAAAUUUCAAAGUGUAAAAAUGUAUACUUAUUUAUUUGGUAUGACCAAUUUUGAUAUUCUUUUAUGUGUUUGUCACUAAUAAUAUUUUAUGUUUUUUUUUUAUGUGCAUAUAUAGUCAUGCGACUGAUGUUAUGGAUACCACUGGAUGGAAAACCAUGAUUCAAUCGCACCCACACCUAAUAGCAGAAGCGUUUCGUGCUUUGGCCACACAGCAGAUACCGCCUAUUGGACCACCUCGGAAACGUGUUAAACAAAGCUGAAACGGACCGUCCACAGCGGUGAUGCAGACUUACGAUCUCACCAGCCCACCACCCCCACCCAUCAACUCUUCCAGGGCACACAUUUUGUAAAUUUUUAUAAUUUUUUUUUAUUAUUAUUAUUAUUUGCAAAAUCAUAAUUUUAAUAUUUUUUUUUUUUUGUACAUAAAUAUGUUAUUUCUAAAAAUAAGAAACUUCCUAAAAUGCAUGUAGCUUGUUUGCUGAUAACGCGUUCGGAAAUGAUUGUAUUCUCACAAUGUAUUGUAAACAAAAAAAACCUAAAAAUAAAACAAAAAAAAUGGCAAACGGCAAUAACCGUCGAAGCGGCACAUGUGAUAUGAGUGAUAUUUGCAGCAUAACCUCGUAUAUUUUAUUAUUAUUAUUACUUUUUUUUUUUAAUACAUUACAUUAUAAUAUUAUACAUCCAUUAUAAUACAAGUACUAUUAUUUUAGUUAGUUCCAUUAUUAUAUUUGUGAUUAAUAAUAUAUAAUAGGUUGGAUUGCAUAAAUCUGUAAGAGCACACAGUUUUAAUGGUUUGUUGAGUUAUUCAAUUACUCGUUUUCCAUUUGUCAAAGGGGUUCCUAAACUGAUUUGAUUCUAUUUUUAUGCAACCCAGCUGUUAGAUUUAUAAUAAACAAUAUUACAUAAUAUUUAGCAUUACAAAAACGAACAUUGAUGUUAACUAUAUAUAAACUAGGUCUCGUUAUGAAAUUUUUCGUUUAAACCGAUUAAAAUGGACUACUUAUUGUAAUGUAAACUAUUCGGACAGUUUACAGUAGUUUCCAUUGUAUUCGGUUUUUAAUUUCUAACUCUUUUCUUUUAUUCUUUUGUGUGUGUUCAUAAAAAUAACAUAAUUUAGAUGUAAAUACUUAAUAAUGUGUAAGACCGUCUGAGAAAAGAGACUGAAGAAAUUUUCUUUAAAUAUAUACCUCAGUUCGAAAAUUAAUCAACGUGUCCAUUCAGUCGCUAAUACAAUUGUUCAAACCGACUCGGCGAUAUAAUAACUAUUGUAAUCUUAUUUAUUUUAUUUUACUAUCAAUUUUUUUAUUUUUCAAUAACAAUUAUUAUUAUUAUUGCAUCGUUUGAAGUUUGUUUGAUGUUGUAUGCUGUCGACCAAGUUUCUGUUCCUUGUAAUUGUAAAUAAGAAGUUUUAGUCUCUUUUCUCAGCGUUAUCUUUUCUUUUAUUAUUAAUUAAUGGUUUUUCCUUUUUCACAAUACGGAAAACAAUCAAACUCAAGCCUUUCCAUGUUUAUUUUUUUUUUUAAUUUGUUUUACUCGUGUGAUUCGCUUGUUGUGUGUGUUUACCUGUUUUAUGAUAUCUACGUCAUUCGAUUAUAUAGUUAUGAUAUUGUGAAUAAUUUUAGACUAGACUCGAAGUAUUGUUUUUUCGAAAUAAAAACACUCGUCUUUCAAUCCUAUUUUUAAUUGUGUUUUAAUUAUUAAAAACUUGAAUGCUAAAUAUUUACAUAUUUUAUAUAUGUAUUUAAAUAAGACUAAAUCCC